GCCCUCUCAGGUAGCCCGGAAGAUGGCGGCGGCGAGAGGCGCUGUCGCCGCUGCUGUCGCCGGUGCGGACGGCUGGGCUGCGUGAGGCGAGCGGGAACAUUUCCCCCCUCCUGCUCCUGCUUCCGCUUCUUUAUCGCUGUUUCGGCGGGAACCGAUGCCGGGGACGGCCUUGCCGCGAGGGCUGAGGGGAGACGCGGAGGGCGCCGGCAGGCCUGGCGGCGGGCGGCGCUGAGGGCGCGAUGCGGGGCAGGCGCCGGCGGCGGUUCCGGGGGGCCAGCGGGCGGCUGGGCCGGCCUCUGCCCCCCUGGCUCGGCCUCUUCUUCUGCUGCUUCCUGUCGGCGUUGCUGGGAGGCGGCGAGGCGGCUCCUCUUCCGCAAGCAGGUGAGAGAGAGACCCGGGAAGCGGGCGAGGGGGUCGGAUCCUGUUCAAGGUGCAGACCUAUGGAACUCAGUGGCAGGCCAGGAGAGAAGCAGAGGAAGGGAGACAGGCGACCCCUCUGGGUUGGGCCCAUGUUUGGGGAAGACCAACUGACGUUACUUAAAGCCUUCAGUUCAGCGGGGGCAACCUUUACGGUUGGGCCCAGACGCCCCCCAUAUUUAAAGUAGGCCAAUUGCUGUCCGUGGGGCUUGAGCUGCUAAAGGCAAGAAGGAACAUAGGAAAGGUAAGGGGGUGGGGAGACAGCCUCUGGGCUGCCCCCCAACCUCACUCAGUUUUAGGGUAGACCCACUGACAUCAGUGAGGAUUCAGCUGUUAAGCUGCUGCCCCACUGAAAACAAUGGGGCUAAGCCAGCCUUUAAGUCCAACUGAAUCUGGCUCCAGUUCUCUCUGUGUUAAAACUGAUACAUCAUAAGAUGAAACCCAGGUGAUUGUGGAUGUGAUGGGGUGGGAUGCCUGGUGGCACUUUAAAUGCUAAUUGUUAGUAGCAAAUUUUUCUUUCCUUUUUGGUGGCCUGGAGGCCUUGUAGCUGUGUGUGUGUUUUAUAUAUUUAUCCUCUUUCUCCUGCCAUUAAGGAGCUCAGGGCAGCCGACAUGCUGGUCUUCUCUUUCCUCUUCAAUUUUAUCUUAACAGAGAUAGGCUAGGCUGGUCCAAGGUUACCUGACACAGUUAGGCAGUUUUAAACUCUGGAGCUGAUGGCCCUAUUGGGAAGGGGUGUGUGUCCCUCUUUAGAUGGUAUUGCAUUACUUCAGUCAUUUCAGGAUAAGGUAGCCUACCCCUCUUGCGUUGGGGGGCCCUUCUCACUUCUGCCCCCAAUCUUGCCUUGGUAGCACUGGCAGUGACUGUUGUGACUGAAUGGAAACUUGUGUGUCUUCUCAGGCCUAGUCUAACACUUAUAAUGGCACUGUGUAUGUCAUUACUUAUUAAUGUUUAUACCUCAUGAUAUUGUACCAUAUAACAUUAUUAUUAUACCUCAGUAUCAUCGUUUAUACAUAGAUGAUGUGCAUAAGUCCCUGCUUCGCAAUAGGGAAACAGGGGGGGAGAGAAGAAUGUUGGAAAUGCUAUGUCUCUGUCUCUGUACACACUUCCGUAUCUCUCACAAUUGCAGUUGCACACAGGCAUAAAGAAAAAAUGAGGUAAAAGGAAGGCUUUGUUGUCAGCUGUUACUGUUAAGAAUGACCACAGUUCUUAUUUCAUAUGCAAACUUAGAUCUUGUGUAGAAGUUUCACAGACCUAAUAUGCCUCUUGCAUUUUAUGGUUGUAUGGCCUCAUUUACAUUUUCUCUUGUACCCUUGUGUUUGGUAUAUAAAUAACAGACAACCAUGCCUCUGGAGUGAAAGUUCAUGAAAACUGCUGCAAUAAAUCUUUUACAGGUGCAAUAAGGCUUUUUGCCCAUCAUGUAUGUAAGAAAUUCCCAUAUAUGUGACCGCCAGUAUUCAUAGAUGACCAGGAUCAAUUUCCUUUUUCAUAUACAUAAAGAUUUCUCUUUUGUUGGGCAAAAUUUCCCUGUGCUCAUUCUGACUGUAUACAUAAUGUGUCUAAUAGCGUAGUUGAAGAUGAGCUAUAAUGGCUCAGACCAAGGGUCCUUUUAAUCCUUCAAAUAAAGCCCACAAGGUGGGCAUAAAGACACAAUCCCUCCCUCACUGUUUGUUCCCUGCAACCGUCAUUUAGUGCCAUAUUACCUCUGAACCUGCUGAUAGACCUAUCCUUCAUGGAUUUAUCUAAUCUUUCAAAAGCCAUUUUAAAACUAUCCUCCGGAGCAGCCACUGGCCAUUGCCACAUCUCAUGGAUAGAUCUUCUUCAGUGAAAUUACACAUUGUAAAGAAAUAAUUUCCAGAGGUGUUUCAAAUGUCAGUCUCUCCAAGGGGAAGAACUGCUUUACAGAUAAGUAAGGCAGUUGGAUCUGUUUUGCCCUUUUGACAGAGUAAUCUUCUGUCAUGUCUAUAGCUGUAUAUCUUGGACAUUAUACUUAGUCUGAAACACAGUUGAAAUUAAAUAUACAUUUCUGCAAGUAUGUAUGGCAUUUCCCCUACAGUUUUCCCCAAGCUAUUGGAUCUUUUUUUGUUGUUGUUGCUUCCAGCAAAAGUCAUUCCACGCUUACAUCGAGGUUUUUGGAAUGAAGAUUAUGGAGAAAGAAUGCAACACAGGCACGAAACAUUUUAUUGGUGUAAAAAAUGUGACCACAGGUCAACAGCAGCUAUUCACUCUGCUAGACAGGAGGGGUAUCUAUCAGUUUGAGAUUAGCAGCACCCAGAUGUGUUUCAGGGGUUUCUGUGUAGGCAAGAGAGAAGGGAAGCAUGAAGCUCGGUGGCAGGGCGGUAGCUUUCACUUGGAGCCUCUUGUGUCCACAAGGAAACAGGAAGUGCAGUUACCUUGAAACUGACAAAGCUGAGCUGCUACUUGUUUGUUGCCUGAGAAAUGUAUUUCAGUUUUAAAGUAUAAUUUCCUUCUAACAAAUUUCCCCUUAACUCUGUGGACACUAGUCUUUUAGGGAAAAUUGGGCACUGCCCCACCAACCCCAGUUUACUGUCAGCCAGCCCCUACCUGCCUGCCUUCUUACUUACACAGAGGGGCCUUUACUGAAAACGUCAUCCUCCUUAGUUUCAGUGUUCCCUUGUAGAACUCAGAAAAGAGGUGGGGGACAAAAGUAGCAUUAGUUGGCUCUGCCUGUCACGGGUUUUAGUCCCACCUACUAUUCAGGCUCCCUGCCUUCACUCCUACUGGCUCCAAUGACACCAACCACCACUGCCUACGAUAAAACUACAAUUCUAUGCAGACAUAAUUGGGAAGUGGGAGUAAGCCUUAUUUAACACAGUGGGCCUUGCUUCCAAGUAUACAUGCAUUGAACUGAGCUGCUGGUUUACAAAUGCUAACUGUGUCACACUUGAGUAAUUUAAGCUGUAAGAAUUGCCUCUCUCCUGGUUCGGUGCUAUGGUGAUCAGAUGCGAGGGAGAACAAUGCCCCAGACCCUUUAAUAGAUAUUUAAUUGAGGGAUUUUCAGCAGGUAUAGUUUCUCUUACUUCUGUUUGGCAGUUUCCUCAGCUGGUUUAGCUUGUUGUAUGUGAAGUUGUACCUCUUGAACUUCCCUCUGGUAUGCCACUAUUACAGGCAGAGAAGCCUUGUUCUCCUUUUUAUCUGGUCCACUAGAAAUAGUGCCUGCAGUCACUGAAGUGAACUACAUUCUCAAUUCCAAAUGCUAGGGAAAGUCCAUUCUGCUACCAGGUGGUCAAAGGGCACUUUCACAUGACACAGAAAAUCACCUUUGAGCCUUCUGUGUGUGCAUAUAUAUUCUGUAAUGUGGAAUAGAAAUAAGAAGAGCUGUGUUAAAACCAAAUGGUGGUGGGGAGGGUGUCUGCACUGUAGGAAAUACUUUUUUAAAAAAUGUGUUGGGCAUGGGACUCCCCCAUGUUUUAUUAAGGGGAAAUGAUCCUGAGAGUGUUCCCAGGAGGGUGUGGUUAUGGAGAGCACAGGUGGUAGAAUUGCUGUGAAGAACUGUGGAAAUACAAGGAAGGAAUAGGUGAAGUAGCAGUACUGCCACUAAGCUUGCGCAGAAUGCUUUACCGAAAAAGCACAGCAAACAUCUGAAUUAGGAGGCAGAGCCUUCAGAUCAAAUGUAAGACUUCUAGGCAGGUUUGAAUCUCAUCAUGGAAGUGCUAAGAGUGAAAAAAGUUGUACUGUUUAUAGUCAGACGUUUGCCCACCUAGCUCUAUAUUGUUCAUUGGUUGGUGUGGAUCUCCAGGAGUUCACAUAGGAUUCUUUACCUGUCCUACCUUGAGGUGUUGGGAAUCUAACCUGGAACUCAUAGAAUCAUAGAAUUGUAGAGUUGGAUCAUCCCUGCAAUGCAGGAAUAUGCAGCUGUCCCAUACGGGAAUCGAACCUGUAACCUUGGAAUUAUCAGAACAUGCUCUAACCAACAGCUUCACAUGCAAAGCUUGUGCUCUAUCACUGAAGUAUAUGAUUACAUAGAUGAAGAAUCAAUGGAAUAGCUGUGCACAGGCUUCUUUUACAGUGCAGGUAGCUAACAUGGUGCUCUCCCAGUGUUGUUGGGCCCCAGCUCCCAUCAAGCCCCAGCCAGAAUGGUCAGCAAUACCUGGAAAACACUACUUUGGCAGCUACUGCCUUACAAAAUGGGAAUGUGGUGUGGCUGGACACAAAGUAAUGUAAACUUCAGCUGGUAGGAUGCUGUGUUUUGUAAGAAAGGGAAUAUAUGUCCAGAAGCAGUAAUCAUCAUUAUUUCUUUCCCAGGUAUUACUUUCUCAGCUGAACUCACUUAUGCACUCAGAGUUGCUCUGUUGUCUAAGGAACAGCAUCAUGUGUGCUGAUCAUGUGUUCAUGGUCUCUCAAACAUCACAUUUAUGUCAUGCUAAAAUAAAAGUUAUCCCUAAUCUCUGUGUUACAGGCCUUGAUGAUUUGGAUGGCUUCUUCCCAGAUUUUAGUCAUACAUAACUGCUGUAACCUGCUGAGUUUGAGAGGCAUGCAGUGUUCUUUCCAUACUGUGACUUUAAUUUUGGGCCUGGCACACAUUGUACGGUGCAGAGUCCUUUCCUGCUUACUGUUAGUAUAAUCUUUUGUUCCUCUGCUGCUGCAGUUCUUCUUUUUUUUUUUUAAUGAUAUUUAUUAAAGUUUCACAUGAAAAGAAUCACAUUAAUAAAAAAAGAAUUUAAAAAGAAAAAGAAAAAUACACAAUACAGAAUACAGAAUACAAAAAGAAAAACGAAUAAAAGCAGUUAAAAACAAUUCCAUCUUUUCAUCACUACUUUUACAUUUACUUGUUUCUCGGACCUCCUCAUACCUCCCUCUUUUGUAUUCCAAUUCAGUUUGUUUGUCCAGCAAUUCCUUUCCCUCCUUUUUAAUCCCAAUCCUUAAUCUUAAUAUAAUAUAACAUUAGAUUUUUACCUAUUAAAAACCAAUUUUCCAUUCUUUCAGCCUUUUUAAUCCUAAUCCUUAAUCUUGAUCUAUAUAUAAUUUUAAAGCCUGUACAGCUAGAAGCCACUUAAUUUCAAUCCAACAUCACUCUAACAUUCAUUAAUUUUGCAAUAUUUCUGUAAGUAAUCUUUGAAUUUCUUCCAAUCUUCUUCCACCGACUCUUCUCCCUGGUCACGGAUUCUGCCAGUCAUUUCCGCCAAUUCCAUAUAGUCCAUCAAUUUCAUCUGCCAUUCCUCCAGUGUGGGUAGCUCUUGUGUCUUCCAAUACUUUGCGAUGAGUAUUCUUGCUGCUGUUGUGGCAUACAUAAAGAAAGUUCUAUCCUUUUUAACACCGGUGGGCCGACUAUGCCCAGGAGAAAGGCCUCUGGUUUCUUCAAGGAGGUAUAUUUAAAUACCUUUUUAAUUCAUUAUAUAUCAUCUCCCAGAAAGCCUUAAUCUUUGGGCACGUCCACCAAAGGUGAAAAAAUGUACCUUCAGUUUCUUUACAUUUCCAACAUUUAUUAUCAGGCAAAUGGUAGAUUUUUGCAAGCUUAACUGGGGUUAUGUACCACCUGCAUAUCAUUUUCAUAAUAUUCUCUCUUAAGGCAUUGCAUGCCGUAAACUUCAUACCUGUGGUCCAUAACUGUUCCCAGUCAGCGAACAUAAUAUUGUGUCCAACAUCUUGUGCCCAUUUAAUCAUAGCAGAUUUCACCGUUUCAUCCUGAGUGUUCCAUUUCAUGCUGCUGCAGUUCUUUUGCAUAUCUUCUCUGCCACUUCUAUUGGACUGCAUCCUUUAAGCGUAGUAUUUUUCUCCUGUGUACAUAUACCUCAUGCUACAGCAUAGACUUAAUGGCUCAGAAUUGUCUCUCAUGUUUUCUUUUUCAAGACUUCUGCCAAUUUGAAUUAUAUUUCCCCAUUCCAACAAUAAGCUUUAAAACCAAAAGCAUGAAGGCAUUAAAGUAUUCUAUUUACAAUAUGAAAUAUUAAAACCUCGUUAAAAUGACUUGGUUGUGGCUGUUAAAAGCCAGACCAAGCAGGGUAAGUCUUAUAUCAGGGGUCGGGAGCCUCCGGCCCUCUUAAGUCCUGCUGGACAACACCUCUCAUCAAACCUAACCAAUGGCCAUGCUGGAUGGUGCUGCUAGGAGUUGUGGUCCCAGCAUCUGGAGGGCUGCUGGAUUCCCUAACCCUGUCUUGCAGUGUUGCUGGAAGAUAUUCACACUUGAAUUAGAAAGGAACUUCCACAUUUGUUACAUAGCUACUGGGGGUCCCACAUGUUCAGUCAUGACAUACAGGUGUUGAUUAAUUAGGAGGGCACCCUUAGUUCAUCUUAAAGGUAGUGGUGUCUGUCUAUAGUUCAUGUACAGCUUUAAAAUUAGGUGUAUCCACAGCUCAAGUUUUUCUGUGACUGUCAUUGAGCAAGUAAUAUUGGUAACAUUGCAGCCCAGUUCUAAGAAACCACGAUUUCCUUCAACUUAGGCAAGCCUAUGUGAGCCUUGGACCAACGCACUUGCACCUCCUUGUCUUUUGUGUGCUGCUUUUGAACUAGUCACCAUUUUCUGAGAUGUCAAAACCCUGGGUAACAGUGACUUAAACUAUGCUUAGUGAAACAAGUCAGAAUCAGUCCUUAGUUUCAGAUCCUGGCUUAGUCUCACACUGUGGUGAAAAGUUUACAGUGUACACAAUCUACCAUUUCCUGCAUUUGGACAUCCAGGGGAAUUGUGGUAAAUUCAAAGUGAGGAGAUUUGAGUCUCCUUCCAUAGUACAUGAAAUAAGGGAAGGGGGAGCAUAUGAGCAGAAGACAUGUUUCUGCAGCUUCUGAACUGAGUCUAUAUAGCUGCUGGGGUAAAUGUUAGAGCUAUCUGGUGGUUGGGGCAUUAAUUGCUCCCCACUCAGUAAACAACCAAAAUAUUUUAUUAUACCUACGGGACCGCCUCUCCUGGUAUGCCCCACGGAGGACCUUAUGGUCUGCAAAUAAUAACAUCUUGGAGGUCCCGAGCCUCAAGGAGAUUAGACAGGCCUCGACCAGAGCCAAGGCCUUUUCGGCCGUGGCCCUGACAUGGUGGAAUGCUCUGCUACAAGAGACCAGGGCCCUGCAGGAUCUGACAUCUUUCUGCAGGAUCUGCAAGAUGGAGCUGUUCUGCCAGGCCUUUGGUCGGGGUCCAGUCUGACUCCCCCUCUCUCCUUAUAAGAACUUGUAUGAAAGUGCCCCCCAACUUUUCUCACAGGUUCAUAUAUGAUCAGUUACAAACAGUUAGGCUGGUGAGCAUUUAAGGUUCCCAACCCUAAUCUGUGGCACUAACAUAAUCACUUAAUUUUCCUUUUGCUGAAAAUGUUCACAUACAAAGUAUAAUUUUGAAAAUCCCCCACAUUCUGUCAUCUAUGCAGGUCUUUUUAGUUUACAAAGGAUUUGACAUUUCGCUCAGCAGCAUAGGUGAAAACGGAUUUGAAGCCCCUUCUCCGGCCUCCAAACCAACAAUAAAUUUAUUUUCCGUUGCACAAAGUCAAAUGUGUAAAAUGUACUGCUGCAGUGGAGUUGCUUUAUUUCUGCUACUGUCAAGAACUGCUGUGCAUUGCUUGGUGAUUAUUGCAAUGUUAAGAGAACCAUAUGCAUUUAUAAACAAGGGUGGCAAUGUGCUAGGGUGUCAUGGUUGGCUAUAAUUUCCCAGUAUGUUUCCGUGUACACAUCUCUCCAGAUGUUCUGCUUUACCAAAUGGCCAUGCUGAAAACUUAUUGUGGAAAUUGAAGUAACCUUUAAUUUUCUAGGCAGUAAUAUUCCCACUUCUGUAUUUAAAGAGUUCAUUUUGUUCUUUCUGAACAGUGUGAAGGUAUUUUUAUCUGUAGGUGUAAAAGAUGCAUUGUUACCUUGCUGUUAAUGCAGAAUACGUCUUUGGUUUACCAGCUCUGCAUCAACCUGAUAAUGCAGGGAAACUCUGAGCAUGUUCUAUAAACUGGGAAUAGGGUAGCAUGAGAGUCAUGUUUCAAUAAAUGUACGGUAGUUUUGUGGAUGCUUAAAAAAGAAAUUAACUCCAAGCCUGGGUGAUAGGGCAUGUUACAAAUCAAAUUAACACCUUAAUGGGGGUGUCUGGCUUGGCAAAUUGCUUUUCUAUUCUCUGCCAAGCAGUCUGUUCAGCAAGGCAAGCAGUUCUGGCAGGGGCUAGCAGCUCCCCAAAUCCUUGUGACCAUUUUCAAGGGCUUUUAAGUUGGUCUAGUGUUCAUUGUAGUCAAGGCUGGGUAUACUCUGUGCCACAAAACUAGGAGCAAGUUAUAUACCAUUUUGCAUAAAUCCUUUAAGUUGCAUGAGUUAGUAUCUGGAUUUGUAUAGAAUUUAAAGGGGGAAAGUCAAGAUGAGAGAGGGAUAUAUGGGUUGUUUUGUAGGACCUGUGGGAGGUGCAGGCCAUUCCUUUUGCCUGGUAACUUACAUUUUUGCAAGUUACAAUAAUGAAGGCUUGCCUGCUAUGUUACAGCUCUGCAUUUCUCUAGCUUUAUAGCUCUGCAUUUUUCUAGCUAUGUCGCAGGUCAGAUUUCUGCUUCUUACCUGUAUUGCUCCCUGCCCCAUUCUGUCCUUGAUUGUGCUGUUGCUGAUACAUUUUUAAAGGUUCAGUAUAUGGAGUGGGGGUGGGAUUGACCUGCUUCUUCUGAUCCUCAUGUUCUGUUCACAGGAACUAGGAAAACCGAAGUGAAAAUGAGCUGCAACUCUUCUGUGGCUUUCAUAGCUGCUGUUGUGGCUGCUUGUGGUUAAAGAUUUUAAAAUAUUUUUUUUUUCGUGUAUAAGACUAGGGUUUUUUCCUAAAAAAUAAUGUCAAAAAUUAGGGGACAUCUUAUACUCUGGGCCAUUUCCCCCAAUUUUCUUAAAUCUGAGUCCCCAAAAAUAGGGAGUGUCUUAUACAUGGGGGCGUCCUAUAGACAGAAAAAUAUGGUACUUUUGUUAUCUAAAUUCUUAACUACCCCUGAAGAUAUUACAGUGUUUAUAUUAGCUAUGUAUAUAAUAAUAAAGUGACUUGGUUGUAUCCAAAGCAUGGCACUAUUUCAAGUGAAAGUUCCUGCAUGUGCUGCUUUGAAUUUGCUUCUUUAUAGACAUUGCCAGCUGGAUAGUCAUUUGGAAGCUGAAGUUAGUGCCGAUGCAGAAGCUCUUGAACUCAAGUUCAGAUAACUAACUGUUGUAUGUUAAUCAUCGCUUGAUGUGACAAAAUAAGAGUUACUGCCUGCUUUUGGAGGCUGCAGUGCCGUUCAGGUGGGAAUGAAUUUAGAAACCUGAGUCCUGCUCAGAUGAUGGAGGAUAAAGUGGACAUGACAGAUUGGAACCAUAACUUUCUUGUUGUAUGUUUGGACACUCAACCCAUGGUUGGGGUUCUAAAUUAUGUGUAACAGAAGCAGUGGCCUGGUGUGAUAUCUACAUUCAGCCAAAGAGUUGGCCUAAUUGCCAAAGUAGAUUGAAUUAGUCUGUGCUUUGCAUUAGCUUCACAGCAGGUUUCUGACAAGGUUGUUUUAGACCCAGCUGUGUGAUGUAAUUGGUUUACUAAAUCCAGUAAAAUGGUUGACUCAGGCUGCAAUCAUAAACGCAUUUAUGAUGGCGUAAACUUCAGUGAGCGUGUGGCUUACUUCUGACUAAACAUUCAUAGGAUUGCUCUGUCACAUUGAGCUGGCAACCUCUGUGUACCCGGACUGUGCUACACUCUUCUAUGUUGUCUGGUAUAAUACUCUAUUAGUGCAUGUAACUCCUCAUUAUAGAACCAUUUUCUAAUGAAUUUAUAUUAGUAAGCAAAUUAGUAGAUUUGGUUGUAAUCUACACUUGCAAGUAAAUCCAGAAAUGUCAGUAGCCCACAUUCAGUUUUUAUUCCUGCUUGCCUAUGUAUAGAAAUGUUUGACUACUGUGACAUGAUGAUGGCAUGUGAGAGAAAACAUGCACAGUUUAGCAAAGAUCCUGGUGCCUCUUCACUUCCUUUUCUGUUGACAAGUGCCUGUUGACAAGCCUCUUGUGUUAAAAUACAGAUCCUGGGUUCUAUCCAACAUCUACUCUAAGUGGCACUAAUUGAAAUUAAUGUGCAUUAUUACUAAUUUGGAUGUAGUAACUUCAGUGGUUUUACUGAGAGUAAAUGUUAGCUGGAUACAACUCCUUAGAUUUAAAUUAAAACUUCAUAUUCAUGUCUGCCCUCAUUAACUCAAAAUUAUCCUGAAGUCUAUCUUACUGACUUAAGAAAAUUAUAAUGCCUUUCUUAUUUUGGAACUGUUGCCUUUAAUUAUCUUCCCUUUUUCUAUUUUUAAUUAUAACUAUUUAAUGUGUUCCAGUCAUUGCCAAUGAUGGGGAAGAAAUACAUCACAGAUUUUCAAUAGAAAUAUAUAGACCUAAUUUUAAUGUCUAAUGAAGAAGACACUGAGACUAGGGGGUGAUGGUGAGAUGCCCAUGGUACUCUGUGUUACCUAGGUGCCUCAUGUUUUCCAGAAAUAUUUAUUGGCAUUUGAGCAGUUAGGUAUUAAACAGCAAAGGGAGAUAUCCAGUGGUGUCUGCCCUGCUCUGCACACCCAGAAUCUUUUGUGGGGGAUUGGAGAAGGGAUGAGAAGAGAAUGAAGAAGACUCAUGCAAGUGGAUGCUUAUUCACAUGAGGCUGAUGCCACCCAAGAGUUGUAGGAAGCUGUGUUGGUUCAUUGGCAUAGUAGCCUUACUGAAAGCAACAAAAUGUCAUUCUAAAAACCCUUCAAAGCCCAGGAAAACAAGACGUUCUUUUGGCCUAAAGAACUUCAGGGGAACUGGUAGUGAAUAGCUGAGGGACCACCCAGGUAGCCACCCAUCACCUCUCAAAAGGGGCAGUAACUUGGUUGGACCUUUGAUCUUAGUAACUGGGCAGGUUUACACAAGAGUUGACAGUUCUUGAAAUAUCCUGUUCCCAGACAGCUUGGGACUGUGAAGCUCAAAACUAGUCAACUGUGAAACUCAUUAAGUAAUUUUGAUAUUACUUUACUAAUUGAGUUAUAGAGCUAUAUUGCAUAUAGAAGUUGUGCCUUUUAGCUGAUAGGUGUUGCAGUUUAGCUUCUCAUCAGAGCAACCCUGAUGUAAUGUGCAACGAUAUUUGAGAGAAUAUUUGACCAUGGUCAAAGAGGUAACUGAUACUGCUGAGCCACCUGACUUUGUUGACAAGCCUGUUUGUUAGGUUAAACCUACUUCUUGUGUGUUUUAGGUGAAUCAAGCAGUUGGAGUUCAGACUGUAAAAACAAAUUAGCAUGUACUCAGCUCUAUUUGCAGUAGAUGAUGUUAUUUUUGAAGAUACUGGGACAUACUUGCUAGGGUGGCAACUUUGUUCAUGGACUGGUGAGAGAAUCUAGUCUGUUCAUCCCUGCAGUUAUCUUUCUUACUCCACGAGAGCUUUCCACAUCUUCCAGCACUGAAUAGUCCUUAAAUCGCAUCUCAGGUUCUGGUUUGUGGAAUGCAAAUUUUGGUAACUGCCUGUCUGAAUCGUUUUGUAUACAGGACCGUAACUGGGUCUAAAGUCCAGAGGCGCAUGGACGCGCUUCUGCACAUACGCUGAAACCCAACUAUGGUUGCCACAUUGCAACGAAAAUAAUACCAUCCAGAUGACAGUUGAACAAUUGCUAUAGGAGGUAAAAGUGUUUGAAAGUGCUGAAAAAAAUAUGAGAUCUGCUGAUAACAGAAUGAAGACUCAUCCCCUAUCACCACCACCCAGUGGUAUUUAGUUAACUGUGGUUCAGUUAUCCCUAAUGUAUUUCCCAGAGCUUGGUUUAUGCAUUAGUUGUUUUCUGUGGUUAUAUCUUGCCUACCUGCUGUUAGAUCAGCUAGGUUUGGCAUGUUAUACAUGUAUAUUCAUAACCUGUCUUCAGAUGGUUAGUAAAAUAUGAUACAUACUUGUGCAAGCAUGUUUCCAUGUAGUUUCUGCAGGCAAGGAUGUCUUCAAGUGAAAUGAGGUUUAAAGAUAGAUGUACUCUUUGAUCUUUUAGGGUUGGCUUGUUGGUUUAGAAUGGCAAGUCUGUCAUCUCACUUCACAUAUUUUACAAAAUCUCGGGGGCUUUGUCUUUGAAAAAUCCUGAUUGUAAGUUAAUGUGACUCUUCUCAUAGCUGAACUGAUCUUGUAUUAAAACAAUGUUCUGUUCUAGUUGUCUCUCCCCCUUCCACUAAAAGCUGCAGAAAUAUGUACCAACUUCCUCAAAAAACUAGUUGCUCAGACUUUGCUGCAACUUGAAAUUUAGAGCAGUUGCGGGAUCUUUCUAAGAAUAAGUUGAAGUGUUAGGAUAAAUGCAAGUAAAGACAGAAAUACUUUAUUCCAGAGUGUCUUUCAUCAAAAAACGUUUCUGAUAUAUGUAUACCAUUCCAUGAAGAAAGUUAUUCCUACAUGGGAACCAAUACUUGCUAUUGGUUCCCAUGUCAAAUGUGAUAAAACAAGUUCAGACUCAUUUUAUAAUUUGAAAUGAAGACUUGGUGGUUGCCUUUCCAGCUUGUUGAAGUAUCUUAACUAAGUAUUGGUUAAUUAAGUGUUAGUGCCUUGGCUUUUAGAUUGUGAACCUGAGGGCAGGGACCGUCUUGUUACUGAGAUUUGUCAGCCACUGUGGGACCCUUUCUUGGCUGAAGAGCAAUGGUAAUCUUUUACCUUUGUAUGUACAUUCUGAACUUUAUUUGAUACAGGAGGGCUUCAAGCUUUAAUUGCACUACCUUCAUCAAUUAAUCAAUAAGAGCUUUAAUACCAGGUUAGCUUCCUCCACGAGAGGAAAAGAUGUGAGUGAAUGUGUUUAACGUGUAUUUAUACCCAGCAAGUAAGGAAUUCAGCAUAUUUGAUGUCUACAUUCAAUGACAACUCGUAUGGCUGUGGAUUGUAUGUGCAUGUUAUCUCUUAUGUAAUGCUAUCUUAAUACAUGGCAGACUUGUUUUGCCAAUACAGGGCCUUGUAUGCUUUUCUAUUUAAUUUUGACUUGUUGACAACUGGGUAACCCUAUAUGAUAGCUGAAGGUGAAACGUGUUAAAAUACACUGCCAGUAUUGCAGAACCAGCACAUUCCAAUGAAAUCAGCAUAGUUUACUUGAGACUAUCAAAGUGCCAUGGCGAAGUAUUUGGCUUUUAUUUUAUUUCUUAAGUUCAAGCUUUCUAAAUGAUAGAUGUUUCAACAGUGUUUAAAAUCCUGAGAAUGCAUGAUAGUUUUGUGAAAAGGUAAAGGCAAAGAGAGAGAGAAUACCUAUUUUUGGAGCCCCUAAGUCUAGAAAUUUCCAUAAAAUCAAUAUCCAUAAAACCAGAAAAAUAUAACUCGUACAUCACAAAUGUUAUCGGCCUUACUGCAGAACUGUAUAACUGUUCUGAAAUUUCUCUUCUAUAGUUAACAUGUUUGUGUUCCAAUAUAUGACACCAUGCUUAUUUCAACCCUUUGUUUUCUAGGGGAAGCAGCAGUGACUGAAGUUCCCUUCGCGUUGGUGAUUAUUUCUGCCUGCAGCCUUUUAGGCUUGGUACUUCUGCUUGUGAACUGUGUAUCCUGUUGUAAAGAUCAAGAGAUAAACUUCAAGGUGAGUACAGGAGAUAAUUAUUUGUAUCCCUUUAGUACUGGAAUCUGAUAACACACGUAUAUAAUUGUACUGUGCAAUGCCAAACAUUACUGUGGUCAGUCAAAAUCAAUGGAGUUUGAGGUGUCACAAGUAGCUCUCAAGUCUGCUUAGAUGACCUACUGUUGCUGUGCAGUUGGGACUGCUUCCUGAGUAACUUAUUCUGUUUGAUUACUUGCCUUCUUGCACUUAACAUAUUUUCAGAGCACUUAAGUAUGAACAUGCAGGGGAUGGGCUUUUCUGCCUGCUUUGGAGCAAUCAAGUAAAUGGGGAAACUUUUUUAAGGCAAGGGUCUUGCCAGCCCAUGCUGAGCCAAACUGACAGUACCAAACGGCCACAGAAGCCACACAUAAAUGUGUAGUUCUCCAAAUGUCUAAGUACAGUGGGACCUCCAGUUAUGAACUUAAUUCGUUCCGGAGGUCCGUUCUUAACCUGAAACUGUUCUUAGCUAGAGGCGUUCCUUUGCUAAUGGGACCUCUUGCUGCUGCUGCGCCGCCGGCACACAAUUUCCAUUCUCAUCCUGGGGCAAAGUUCUCAACUCCAGGUAACUCUUCCAGGUUCGUGGAGUUUGUACAGUGGUGCCUCGGGUUACAUACGCUUCAGGUUACAUACACUUCAGGUUACAGACUCUGCUAACCCAGAAAUAUUACCUCAGGUUAAGAACUUUGCUUCAGGAUGAGAACAGAAAUCGUGCUCUGGCGGUGCAGUGGCAGCAGGAGGCCCCAUUAGCUAAAGUGGUGCUUCAGGUUAAGAACAGUUUCAGGUUAAGAACGGACCUCCAGAACAAACUAAGUACUUAACCCGAGGUACCACUGUAACCUGAAGCGUUUGUAACUCGAGGUACCACUGUAACUUGUUCUUUCUUUCUAAGCUGGGAAAUUUGGCCUUGAAAUAGAUGAAAAAUACCCCUCUUCGAGGAAGUUAUGUUAUUGUUUUUUUUUAAAUAAGCAACAAUGCGCAAGAGUCAUGGGGAUUCAAUUAAGAAAAUAGUCUCUGUAAUAUCUGUGAGACUAUUUGUGACAUCUUCAUACAAUGCCUAUUUCAGAUAGGUAUUCAGUGAGGUUAGAUUCAUAGCCGGAGGAUGGAAACUUCAAGGUAUGAAUUGUUUUGGGGUUUUGGAAUGUAAAGAAUGAGACAAACAGGAUAUUGUUCUCCAGAGCUACCUAGCUAAACAGGGCUUGGAUGCUGAGCUUGAAAGAAUCUCUUUAUUAGUGGGUUGGGGGUUUUGUACCUUGGAUGUUAAACUAUCCCUGUGGUAUUCCCCUUCACUUCCAGCUACACUAAAGUAGCUAAACCGCAGUGAAAGCUGACACUUCCUGUGUAGGAGGAAAGCUAUACUAGAGAAUCUGUAAUAGGCUCACAGAAAUACAAAAGAAAUACUCUGAUCUGUAAGUUUUUUCUCUUAGGAGGGAUACAGGUGGAAAGCUUAGCAGAAAAUUCACAUGGAUUUUUAGGAAAGACAUAGGCAGGAUCCAAAAUGUAAAAAACACACACCCCAGUGUGACUCAUUCUGGACUUCCAUUUUUGUUAUCUACCUACCUACAAUAUAUAGCCAUCUUAUAAAAUACACAGCAGUAUAUGUACACACAAACAGAAAACACUGUUAAAAACAGUGCAAAAUCAUUAAAAUGCCUGGCUGAUCGGAAGUUUAAAGAGCUGUGUGUGCUUGUCAGCAUAAAAAAAUCUUCAAGAGACACCUGAAAGUCAAAAGCAAGAAUGGCAAAAAGAUAUUGAGCGAUUGAGAAACAAUAGCAGAGUUACUUCUGUUAAGAGACAAUUAAAAAUCACACUGGGCCUGGAUCCUGGUUCCAUUUUCAGAUCUUAGUUUUAUAAAUGCACAUGGAUUUGUCAUUUGUUCCCAGUUUUCCAUGUGUCUGCUUCCAUGGAGGAAUGAAGCUUGCUUAUGGCUCAGCUCGAAGUGUUCACCAAAGCUUUUAAAGUAUAUUUUCCAAGUUGUAUUACUUUUUCAGUUAACAAUUUUCAUUUAUUUAUUUAAAUAGUGUGCAUUAUAUUGGCACAAAAUACAGCAAUAAACAGCAAUUCAAUAAAACAAGAUGAUCUCAUAAUUCACUCGUGGGCUGCUUUACAUGGCUGAAAGAUGGUCAAAAAUAGGUUCCUUGGAGUAUAGACCAGCAGUUGCUCUUUCUAGACCAAGACCAAUUACAAAGUAUUAGGAAAACAAUGUUGCUCUAGUUAUUUCUUGCUUUGCCCUUAAAAUUUCACAGCAAGGUCAUAGGUUGUGUGAGCUUCUUCUGUAGUUAUAGUGUUACGUCCAUGCAACUAACAGAUCUUAACUUAUGAUUCAAAGAAUUUUUGGCCGUUAUCCCAUGUACAGCUUAAUGUGUAAACAUGCCCUCCGUUCUGAUAAACUUCAGUAUAAAUAUAUUUUUAUGCUAUGCUGAACUGUACUUUACAUCUUUGUGACCUGAUUACAACUUGAUUUCUUUUUCCCAAAACUGCUUUAAUGUUUCUCAGCUUCUUCACCUUUUUAAUUAAAAUAUGUAAAGGCCAUGACCUGUGAAACAACCACGAGAGUUAAUUAGGGUUGCCAUAUUUCGAAAAGUAAAUUUGUUGAGCUUUUUUUAGGAAGACCCCAAAAUUGUUGUGCUGUUUUAGAGCUGUUUCCACUGCUUUUCCCAUCGUUUUGCCAUUCAUCCGGGUAUUCCCUGACAAUUCGGCAAAAUCCCCCCCCCCCAACACUCUUUAUACACCCCAAAACCAGGACAUGUCAGGAAUUUUCCCGACGUAUGGCAAGCCUAGAGUUAAUGAUCCUUUUCACAACAAUGAGGGCUGUCACUUUGCUGCUGAAAAUGUUGUUGGGGCAGGUAACUUAAGUGUGAUAACUCAAGUAUUGUUUCAACCAAUAUUAUGGGUCACAUCAGGGACAUGGAAUAAAUACUGUGCUGGUUUACGUUUCUGAAUCAGGCAACUUCUCCUUGUUCUUCUGGCCUCGUUACUUCUGUAGGAAUUUGAAGAUAAUUUUGAUGAUGAAAUAGACUUUACACCACCUGCGGAAGACACCCCAUCUGUCCAGUCCCCAGCCGAAGUGUUCACACUUACAGUUCCCACUGUUUCUUUACCAGCUCCAUCACAGUUCCAGCUUCCUACAGGUAUGGCAUUUCCCUACCCCAUCCCCUCCACCCCAGGACUAGUUUCUGAUCCUUGGUCAAUGGCCAGUAUUGAUUCUCUGUCUUGUGACUGAAGCUUUGCUGUAGUAUUGAUAGCUGAGCCAAAGCAAAAUGUACAUAUUUCAAAGGGGGGAUGCUUUUAUCCUCUGACAGCUGGUGAGCUAGCCACAUGAGGCUGAGAGUGUGACUUGCUGGCUAAGGAAAGACUUGCACAGCUCACAGUUCAGUCUCUUAACUAUAAUGCUCUAUACAUGAUAGAGUGUAAGGAUUCUAUUUCUUCUGACAUAACUGGGGUUUUUUUUUAUAGCAUGGUAUUGCCUAUUAUGUAUUUUCCUGCUUUCCAUGCCUUCUUUAGAUGUUCCUCCCCUCUGCCUUUUCCCCUUUUAUCAGUCACCCACAGAAUGCUAUUCCGGUAGGAUGAUCUUUCGUAAUCUUACUUCUAAAAAUAUAUUAAAUGGGAACAGUGAAGACUUGAUAAAAAUAGCUUUCAUUUUGCUACCAUUUGGGAAAUCUGAACAUAAAAAAAUCUAAACUUUCUAAACGUGUAUUUUACUUGGAUGGUUUUGUGAGUGACUUUCUCUCAACACUGGGAGUAGGAAACAAGCAAUAAGAUUUUUUGUGGAGGCUUUGGGUAGGAUUUGUAUGCAGUUUAUUUAUUUAUUUAUUUAUUUGGCUUAAAGCAGGGAUGAGGAACCUCUGGCCUGCUUACCACUCUCGGCUUUCCAGGAGAUCUAAUUUGGCCUCCACAAACCAUGCCCACCUGCCCAUCAGCUGACAUCACUGGUGACAUCAGUUGAUGGACUGCAGGGCAGGGUUUAAUCCUUUUUGGCCGUGCCACCCUAUUCUCAAUUAUUAGCAUAAAUGUAAAUGUAUGACUUGACAGAGCUACAGGGAAUUUUUUUAAACUGCCUGGGACCUUGUGUUAUGGUCUUGUGCACAUUUGAGAAUAACUUAUUGAACACUAUCAGAUUUUUUAAUAGGUAAACAGGCGUGGAGCUGGACUGUAAUUCCCAUGGUGUUGAAUUAAGGUGAAACCAGCUUUAUUUGUGAGAAAGUGUGGGCAUGGCCUGAGGUUGGUUUCUCCUGCAUUGGGAAUUUGUUUCUCCAUCUCCUUUUGAGUGGGACAUCCUGUAAUACACAGGGAGGGGAGCACAAAUAUAUGUAGAUAUACAUAGCUAUCAACAUAAGUAGUCUUUGUAAAUCUAUACUAUGUGGCCCUAACCAUAGAAAGGGAAUGGGGAGCAGGGAGGUGGUCCGCAAGAACUUUGGCCACAACGAGUGUAUGCUCUCUCCACAUGUAAAAUGCAAAGAGGAAGUUUGAAAACACCUGGGGUUUUAAAUACGUGUUCGUAUUACUGUAGCAAACUACUCUAUUAUGCAUUUUUUUUGGGGGGGGGAGCACAAAAGCAGUCAAUCAAAAACAAGAUUGUGGCCACUUGUUGAUGUAUUGUCUUAUUUUGUGUAACAGAAGGGUUGAAAUCCCAAGUCGUCCGUCAAAAUCUCAACUAUAUCCAAGAAAUUGGAAAUGGCUGGUUUGGAAAGGUAAGAAGUCUGUAUUGAUUGUUGUAUUUCUCCAGUUAAUUUUCUGAUUCUAUGAUGAACAGCUCUUGAAUAAAUUGUGGAGUGCGAGCUUGCCAAUGUGUCGGUAAGCAGCUUUAGGGGAGAACUUUCACUGUUGAUAUUUGAAUUUCAAAAUUCAGGUUUUGAUGGAACCUGGUGCAACAUUAUUUCUCAAAACUCUUAACACGAAAGAAUGUGUUUGCUGCAGCAAUUAGCAUAUUAUUACUGCUUCCCUUCAGCUCUUCACAAUGUUUUGAGUGCUUAAACUGCAGAAACUUACAGUUCAAACUAUAGGAUGUCUACAGUCCUUGUAUACUGAGAAAGCAUCCCACCAAAAGGCAAUACAGUUUACAAGAAGUGGGAGAGAGAUUACCUUUUCCCACCCCUUUUCUGGUUUUGGGAGAGUUCAUGGGGUAGCCCUGAGAUACACUACUAUCCUGAAUCUGACUUCUCUUUUCUCAAAGUCCAGUGUUUCAUUCUGGAAACUUGACAUUUUGCUGCCAGCUCAAAGAGUGUAAAGUUUGCCAACUUCUGUAGCAGGACAGAUUAGAUAACAAAUUAAAGAUGUUGGAGAACAAUUAAAGGUGCACAACACCCAUUCAUGGUGGGACCCUUAUGAGGCAUAAGAACCCCUUUUCUUCUCCCCCUGCCCCAGUGUUGUGUAUGAGCAACCCAUGUACCAGACGGGUACAGAGAACUGGAAGUCUGUGUGCAGCUGUCUCCACUCUGCUUAGUCAGUGAAAUGAUAGUGAUCUGGGACAUCUAAGGAAAUCUUUCCAUAAGUGUCCACUCUGGUGACCAUGCUCUGCAUGCAUGAAACCCCAGGUUCAGCUCUUGUGGUCUCCUGUUAAAGGAGCUAUUGAAGAAAGAGUCGAGGCCUUAGAGACCCUGGAGAGAGCUGCUGCAAGUCAGAGUAGGUCACCCCAGGCUUGAUGGAGGCAGUGGUUUGACUUGAGACCUUACAGUGAAGGGUGGGAAAAUAAUAACAACAACAAUGGUAUAAGCAAGUUCCUGGCCUUCUCCGUCUUCUUCACAUGCCUUGUAGUGACUUUUAUUUUACUUGUGCACACAAUGGCUUCCUCCGUGUUUUCAAAUACCUGCUGCUUGUUUUUCAGGUUUUGCUUGGGGAGGUUUACACAGGCUCCAGUGUGGCCAGAGUUGUUGUGAAGGAGCUGAAAGCAAGUGCCAGUUCCAAGGAGCAAGAACGAUUUUUGAGGCAUGGAGAGCCGUACUUGUAAGUAGCAUCUCAAUAGAAGUGCAAAGUAGGAGGGCAUGCUUAGCUUUUCGUGAAAAUGCAUCGUUACGUAUUUCUCACUAUGGCCACCGAUAGCCUUGUCCUCUGUGGUGCACAUAAUGUGCUCAUUGUGGAGCACAUGAAAAAGUGAGCUUGAAAGAAUAAAGUUAGGCUACCCAGUGAGCUUUUAUAGCUGAAGCAAAAGUCUGAACUCUGAUCUUUUCAGUCCAGGUGCAGCAUUCUGAAUACUGUCACUCUGCCUCUUACCUCCUUCAUGUAUGCCUAGCUGCUGCAUGGAAGGCUUGUGGUUCUGUCCCUUUCAUUUACCAAUAGCAGGGAGCGGGGGUGUCACUUUCAGAAAUCAUCUGCUCACUGAAGAUGAAGUAUGCCGCUGGGGUAGGCAUUUCCGAGAUCCCCUUGACUCAUAAAGCUGGAAAGAAAUGGAGUAUGCCUGACCUGAAGAGCCUCUCUUUGUUUCUCUUUCCCUGCAGAAUUCUUCAGCAUCCAAACGUCCUCCAGUGUACAGGGCAGUGUGUGGAAGCCAUUCCCUAUCUCUUGGUAUUUGAGUUUUGUGACUUGGUGAGUAAAUGCCAUUUUAUUGUAAUAGCACAGAGCUUGAUGUUUACUUGAUUAUUUGAUUACUUGAUCAUAGGAGUUGUAGUCCCAAAACAUCUGUAGGGCUGAGUUUGCCUAUGCCUGACAUGGAUGAUAGGAGUUGUAGUUUAGUGACAUCUGGAGGGGCAAAGGUUACUCAUACCUGCUCUAGGGCUUCAGAAAGAUUUUCCUUGUAGCUAUAUUUUUAAAAGAUACUUUACUUCCAACUUUCAUACCUUUUCAUCUGCAUUUAUCUAAAGCAUUUUUAUCCCCCCGCGGGGCCAAAAAAAGGCUCCCAGAAUGAUUUACAAAUCUCAGUAAUAAGUUCUUGCCCUCAGGCUUGCAGACUAAGACUAUGAAAAAGGUAAAGGGAUUGGGGAAGAGGAGGGUGGGGGAACCAGGUUGGGGAAGGCUGACCUGGAGACUUGUCAGGGGGUUAAUUUGAACCAGUGCAGUCUUCUUGGAAUUUGUAAAAAUAGGCCCUGUAGAAAAAAAUCUGAUAUCUGGCCAACCAUCCUAGCUCACACUAAAUCAGGCACUGUUCAGGGGGAGGGGGAGGGGGAGGAGGAAGGAAGAAAUUGUUCUAACACAGAUUUCCCAAUUCACUGUGUUGUUUUUACACAUUUACACACAACAGCUUUUACAAUCAGCAUUUGGCAGUAAACAGUUGUUUGCAUUUCCUGGCAUGGCCACUUCUUGUAUUCUAGGUUGGUUUUAAUUUCAUUUAAAAUGCAGGCCUCACAGUCAGGUGUGUUGUGUGUUUAUCUUACACGAGUUUAUCUAAGUUUAAGUGUCUGUGGUUGUCUAGUGCGCCCGGAACAAGUGUCCUUUCAGAAUCUUAACGAAUUAGGUGGAUCGUGGGUCUGGCCUAGUUAAUUUUUUUUGCAAUAAGUUUCUUGUGUCCCUAGAGGUGUUCGGUGCUAAUUAGUUUUUCAUUUCAUUUCUUGUUCUUUGGAGGUGGGGUGGGUGUAGGACAUGACCUUUUUACUGUGAAAAUCUUAAAUUACUUGGCAGCUGUUCAAUAACUUACUUGUACCUACAUUGUGUCAUGCUUCUUCUGAUGUAUUUAAUCGGUCUCCAGGAAGCUCCUGCAUGUUCAAGUUGUCAUAGUUUAUAGAACAUAACUUGUUAAUACUCCAGUUGCUUGAAGGCUUAGCACAUCAUGUCAGAAAUUGUCGUGAUUCUGUGGCAUGUAUAAUCCAGGCAAGGAUUUCGCUUGCCAGCAUAGAAUACAUUUCUGUUGUAGCUGUGCAGUAAGCUUUUCGGGGAAGGAACUGGCCUUCAUAAACUUCACUGCUAAAUGAUGGGCAUACAAAUUAAAAUCCUGUUGCUACAGCCUGCUUCGAUUAAACCAAACCUUGUCUUAGAAGUGGAAUAAUGUACGGCUUAGCGGCUGCAAAAACACAUUGCUACUUGCAAGUAUGUGAGAUGUGCGUAACUUUUGUAAGUGAGGAGAGUGGGAUGUGAAGCUGGUGUUAAUUGCAUGCUGUGCUACAUAGCCCUGUUAACAUAGGCAGUUAUAGCCGCACUUACUUUGUGCAACUUUAAUAAGUAUCAGACAGUAAGUGCUUUCUCUGACCAACAUAGAUGGAUGUUUUCCACACACACACACCUUUUUUGUUUUUGCUGCACAGUUGGCUCUUAACAGGCAGUGAAAAUUGUGUCUGGUGGUGGUUAUAAACCUCUGCAGCGUGGUGGUGGCUUUUUCCUCAGUGGUAAAAAAUAAUCUACCUUGACAACCAAUGCAUAUAGGUUCUUCAUUGAGACUGAUUUUCACUUGCUUUCAUCGUAAUUCUCUGUACCUUCACCACUACCUACAUGCUUGAAUCCAAACAAGGACAAUUGCAUUGGGAAGAUGCAGGUCUAUACCUAAAAACCUGAUUGUCUUAGAACCAUAAGAUUGUAGAGUUGGAAGUGCUCAUCUAGUCCAAGCCCUGCUAUGCAGGAAUCUCAACUAAAGCAUAUUGCCCACCAUUAUUGCCUGAAAUAUAAAACAAAAUAGAAUUGAUCCACUGUGCCUAAGUAGAACUGUGAUGACAUCUGACAGAAUACUGUGUAAAGUGCUCAUGAGCUCUCCUAGCCCUUCAUAAGGUCUAGCUGCUGCUGUUUUCUUAAAACAAGCAAUAGCUCCUUAGUUUCCUCUUGUCUCAAAUGAUUGUGUAGGAACUAGAUGACAUGUUUGUGGCAGUCCUCUUAAUCUAUAAUUAACUAAUGGUGUAUCAUUUCCGAUCGUCCUGAGGUUGUACCAGGUUAAAAAUAGGGUAGUAACCAUCUUAUUAACUGUAAUAUAUUACCCAGCUGUAUGUGGCCAAUCUUCCGUCAGCGCACAGAAUUAUUUGUUGAUAGCAUGACGAAUGAGGAGCAAAGAAUCGUAUUAUGAAGUGGAUGUAACAUUAUUAUGGCAAGGCCGGCCGGCUGGCCUGUUAACUGGGUAUGCUUCCAUAGAAAGUAGCUCGUCAGGAACUUUUUGCUGCAGAAUGAUAAGAAGUUGGCAGUUCCGGGCAUCAAGUGUGCGCUCACUCUUCAGAGCAUACAGUUUACUUUUAAUCCUUCCUAGAACUGUGACUGCUUGAUUCUAAAUUUCUAGAAAAGAGAAGUACAUAGACGGGGAAGCUUGUCUUCUGUUAAAAAACAAAAGUGAUGUGGGGGGGAGAGGCUUAAAAACUGACAGUCAUACUGGCUCACAUCAAUUACUGUUUUUAACCUAGAUUAUUUUCUCCAGAGCUAAAAGAAAGACCCUAGAGGUCUAUUCUAGAGGUAGCCAACAUGGUGCUUUCCUGAUGUUGUUUGGCCUCAGCCCCAGGAAGCAUGACCAAUGGUCAGGAAUGAUGGGAAGUGUAGUCCUUCCCCUCCAUACAGUAUACUACUCCUAGAUUAUUUAUCUACCCAACUUUCCAUAUGCAAGUGCCCCUCAGCCACUCCUUCAACCUCUGGUAUUUUGCUGGUUUCUAGAUUCUGUCCCUUGCGAGCUCUUCCUUCUGCUCUCCUUUUCUGGAUUAGCCCCCAUUCAUUUGCUCCUUUGCAAUAUAUGUGAUAUACACAACCUUGAUGGCAGAAAGUGAGGAGGAAUUAAAGAACCUUUUAAUGAGGGUGAAAGAGGAGAGCGCAAAAUAUAGUAUGAAGCUCAGCAUCAAAAAACCUAAGAUCAUGGCCACUGGUCCCAUCACCUCCUGGCAAAUAGAAGGGGAAGAAAUGGAGGCAGUGAGAGAUUUUACUUUCUUGGGUUUCCAUGAUCACUGCAGAUGGUGACUGCAGUCACGAAAUUAAAAGACGCCUGCUUUUGGGGAGAAAAGCAAUGACAAACCUAGACAGCAUAUCUGAGGUUGUUGAUAUUUCUUCCAGCAAUCUUAAUUCUGGUUUGGGAUUCAUCCAUCCCAGCCUUUCACAUGAUGAAUUCUGCAUAUAAGUUGAAUAAGCAGGGAGACAAUAUACAGCCUUGUCGUACUCAAUUCCCAAUUAUGACAAACCUAGACAACAUCUUAAAAAGCAGAGACAUCACCUUACCGACAAAGGUCUGUAUAGUUAAAGCUAUGUUUUUCCCAGUAGUGAUGUAUGGAAGUGAGAGCUGGACCAUAAAGAAGGCUGAUCGCCGAAGAAUUGAUGCUUUUGAAUUAUGGUGCUGGAGGAGACUCUUGAGAGUCCCAUGGACUGCAGAUCAAACCUAUCCAUUCUGAAGGAAAUCAGCCCUGAGGGCUCACUGGAAGGACAGAUCCUGAAGCUGAGGCUCCAAUACCUUGGCCACCUCAUGAGAAGAGAAGACUCCCUGGAAAAGACCCUGAUGUUGGGAAAGAUGGAGGGCACAAAGAAAAGGGGAUGACAGAGGACGAGAUGGUUGGACAGUGUUCUCAAAGCUACUAACAUGAGUUUGACCAAGCUGCGGGAGGCAGUAGAAGACAGGAGUGCCUAGCAUGCUCUGGUCCAUGGGGUCACAAAGAGUCGGACACGACUAAACGACUCAACAACAACAUUUGCUCCUUUCCUUAAAGUUGCUUGAUGUUGGCACUUCCCAUGCCAUAGUCAUACACGUUCUCUACUCCCCCCCAAACACCCUGCUUCCCCUCCUCACACUUUCCAAAUGUAGCCUUAGAACACGGAUAUACUUCCUGGCUGUUAUUCUCUGUUGCUAUACAUGGGGAUUUGGUGUGUUCUCAGGAUUUUCCUUACAGCUGUGAAAACUGAUGCUUAAAGAAGCUGCUAAUCUUGGAACCUUUCAUACAGCUUAGUUUUCCAGUUGACUCCCUCUGUCACUAAGUCACUCAUAUCUCCUUUAAGGACUGCCCAAGGAAGUUUACAUAAAAACUCUGCAAAGCUUUGAAAGAAUAAGACACCUAUUCUGCUCCCCACCCUCAAAAAAAUUACCCCCAAAUAGAUCAGUUAGCUGCUGUAAAAAUCACUCUCAUCAUGCGCAUCAGUAGUAGCUUAAUUCCAGCCAGUAAUUCCAAAACCGAAAAUGUUCCACUACUUUAUUUUUCCAUGGAUUUUUUUUCUUUCCUAAGUUCAUGAGCAGCGGUGAAUAGAUACCAAUUCAACAUACAAUAUUAGCACAGCUUGGCUGUUUUAAAGAUAUGUUUGCUAAAUACAGGUAAAAUAAGCAUACUACAUUAGAUCACUCUCAAGGCUUCAGAACAUUUUCUAAUGCAAAUUAACCCUAAUGUGCAUAGGAAAAUGUUCCAGAAAAACCAUCACCAGUGAUCCCAGCUACCUUAGAGUCGUGAGAGAAAUGGAGAACCACAAGAGGAAAUAAAAAAACCCUACUGGAGUUGGAACAAGGAGCAUGCUACCUGCAAAAUAAAUGAUUUAACAAACAUUUUAAAACUUUUUAAAACUCUAAACAAAACAUGUGAAGCAAAUUUACAAACAGAUAAACAAAUCAUGUGUCUGAAUAGAUCCUCUGAAACAGAAAAAUUUUCAGCAGGCAUCUAAUAGAGUACAGUACAAAGCAAAAACAUACAAUGAUGGUGUACUAAGAUUACAGUUAUGCUUGCUGCUUAACAUCAAUAGGCAGGGAGUUCCAAAGUACAGGCAUUGCUAUAGCUUGAGCAGGUGCUUUAAAUAUCUCCCUCUAGUGGUUUUCUCUUUGUUGCAAGUUACUGGCAGGUAGUGGUCCAUAUGGGCAGGUAAGCCCUCCCCCUCUCCCCAUUUGGGAAGUUUGCAAUGAUGUGGUGAAGGUUGCUGUGUGGCAAGCCAUUACAUGCAAACAACUGUGUAUGCAGAGAAGGCAGCCACGAAGGAGGAUUUAAGAGGCUUCCAGAUAGCAGCUCUUUUUUGCUCUGGUUUUCCAGUUUGGUUUUAAAAUUCAGCUGCUGCUUGAUGAAGGGGGGAGGAGUCUCCAUUGUUUUUGAAUUUCGUCCUUUUGCUCCUGCAUAACAUUUGCAUGUGGAAAAAUGGUUCUUAAGAAGCAGUGUGUGUUAAGAUGAUCCAUGUGUUAUAGGAAGUAUCCUCUUGGAAAAGACAUUUCCUCUUCCCUUGAAUUCAGGAAGAAUGACUCUUCUGAGAUAGCUCUUUCCAACUGCAGUUUGCAUAACUUACUACUAGUAUUAAAUAUAUUUUCCAAAGCCUAAUCUGCUAACGUUUAAUUGGGAGCGUCUUGCUUGGCAACGUGUAUUUCAGUCAAACAGUUUGAUUAAAUAGUUAAACUAGAACAGUAAACUAUGGAUCAUUAGAGGGAGUUGGCUUUUAACAGUUCAUACGACAGGAACCAAGGUAAGAGCAAGUCAGUCGUGCUACACUAGUGCCUUUUUGAUAUUCAGUUUCCAAACCAGGAAUUGGAGAAACCUAAUGUAUUAAUUCCAGAAAAAUUACUGUAGCACAUUUGAAAAAUGUCAUUACUGUGUGGGUAACGAAUAUGAGCAAUGAAUAGUUCUAACUUGGCACCAUUCCUGAAGGAAGCCUUAAAUUUUCUGGGAUGCCAGUGGUAGAAACUGUAUAUCCUUUCCUUCCUCUGCCUUCCUCUCUCCUCUUCUGCUGAAGAGACACACAGUAGCAAUUUGGAAUUGUAUGCAGAAGCCCAUGAGUUUCUACUAAACCAGGGGUGUCCAAACUUUUUUCAAAGAGGGCCAGAUUUGAUGAAGUGAAGAUGUGUGAGGGACAACCAAAGUUGCUGAGUUUUUUAAAAGAUUUUCCCCCAAAUCUGUUGGGCUUUUUUUUUAGGGUUGAUGUUGAAGUUGUUGGGUUUUUUUGCCCAGUAAAUAAACUGCCGCAGGGGCCGGAUUAGAUCCCCGGGCCAGACUUUGGACGUGCCUGUACUAAAUUAUUGCGUAAAGAAGCUUAAAGUACUGUAUACUGAUUCCUGUUACAUCUUUAGCAUUUCCUUUCUGAAGUUCAAAAGGGAUUAGGACCACUUCACGCAUAAUAUAGUCUUAACUGUAAAUGUAAAAAAUGUGUGUAAAGGUGAAUGGAGGGCUGAUUGAAUGGUUUGGGAGCGCUUGAAGUUAACUGGUGGAGGCCUAGAUGAGAGAAUGCUGGGAGCCCCAAGUUAAGAUCAGGAUAUAAAGAAAUUAGCUUACAUUUUAAAAGUAUGAAUGCAACAUAAUUCACAUUUGCAACCAUAUGCUUGUCAGGGAGUUGUGGUUGGCCAUAGUUUCUUGUUGUACCUUCAGAGGCAAGCCUGGGUUUGGGAUUUUGCUUUGAACAUGACAGCCCAUAGUUGAUUACUAAUCUUGUUAGCCGUGAGUCUUCAGAAGCUAUAAAAGGAAACUUACACUGUGUUAUUCAAGUGCAGGUUCUUAAAACAAAAGAGUUGCAAAUGUAUGUUGCACACUAAAUAUGUUGUGCAUUGCAAAUUAACAGAUGCAUCUCCAGACUGUGCUAACCCAUUAUGCUCAGAACUGUUUUGGCCACUUGGCAGCCUGCUGUUGUGCAGAGGAAGUGUUUAAGCAGUUUCCCAGUCAAGCUUUGUUCAUGCCCUUCUUCAUCUCUGCUUUUUACACUUGCAUUCUGGAAGGUGUGGGUUAAAGUACAUUUUUGUGUGAGCUAUUUUAGUGCAAAUGAAUUUUGAAUAGAAGCCCGUCCAGGAGAAAUGGCUUCCUUAAAAAACAAAAUAACACCCCCCCCCGCGCAAAACAUAGGGCAGUAGACUCAUUUAACAACCUGUAAUCAUUUUUACUUGCAAAUUGUAGGAGGUAAUUCAGCAAAUGGUGUCUUGCUGUAAAACAAACUUCUCUUAUGCUGCUGUGACUUUUGCCUAAUAGUUUGCUGCCAUCUAGGGUUGGUGAAGCAGUUUUGCCUCUGCUUUGUGCACAUGCUUCUGUAAUGUGUUCAUGGGUUGAGGCAUUGCAGGUUAGAAGCCAGAUAGAAUUUAGAUGCUGCCUCCAACCCAAUGCUUUUCAGUUGCGCCCAGGCAUCCAGCGGCCAGUUAACAAACAUAGAAUAGUUGAGUGGUGGGCAUCCAUUUAUGAAUGAGAGAUGUACACUUUGAAAUUUACCGUGGAACUUCUGUUCCCUUCACCUGUCUGCAGUUUUCUUAUACAGUCUACUGCUAAGUGUCGUGUCCUCUUGCUUCAAUGAAUAAAUGUUGAAACUCAAGAUUUGUAGUACUGUAGUAUCAUUCUCUCAGAUCAGUUCGUGUGAUCCUAGUAUAGUAGAUGUGUUUUUCAGAAUACUUGAGUGUGGUGUGAGUCUGCUUUAAUCCAGCCCUUAUGUGCAGGGCUGGUGCAGUGUAGUGGCUAAUGUGUAUGAGAGAUACAGGUUCAGAAGCACAGCCACUUUGCACAGAGAUCAGUGCUGCUAUCCAUCCUUCCAUGCAUUGUCAUUCUUGCCUCUUAUCCUCUUAGCCCCUUUCUUUUCCUGUCCCAAAGAAGACCUGUGGGUAUAGCUUCCAUUUUUCAUUUCCCCAUAACUUUAUUCCAGACCAGUUAUUAUAAGUGCAUAAAUAAGUCCUGAAUGGCUUUAAAACAGUCACGGUGUGUACCUCGGCUGCCUUUUUAAAGAAACGUUAUAGAGACUUGAAAUUUGACGACAGUGCUCUCUGAGUGCAAGCUUAUUUAUAACUAAUAUUUAUAACCUUGUUGACUGGCAAGACCUAAACUGCGCUUAGCUGCUGCUUCAUUAAAUAACUGUUAAGUGCAACCAGCUUGAGAAGGCAUUGAUGACUGUUCUUAUUUUACAGGGUGACCUAAAAACGUACCUUUGCAAUGAACAGGAGAACAUUAAAGGAGAUUCCCAAAUAAUGCUGCUACAGAGGAUGGCGUGUGAAAUUGCAGCUGGACUCUGCAUAAUGCAUAAACAUAAUUUUGUCCAUGGGUAUGGCUUCCAAAUGAAUAAUGCUUUUGCAUUUACAUUACAUAAAAGACAAAGACAAAUCCCUUAGUUCUGAAAUACUAGAUUUAGUAGGUUCUAAGGCAUGCUGAAUUUAGCAGCAACCUUCUUAUUUGCAUUUCCCGCUACCCCACGCCAGAGAAUAGAAAGACGUUUGCAGUUCUGUUUCUUGUUUUGCUUCGAUCCAUGAGUUGGAAGAUCACAAAGUUGACAUCUCAUCACAUGAGUUGGAGGUUGUGGCUGCAGCAUAGUCUUAUAAAUGCACACAUUUCUUCAACUGAAUCGCAACCCCUUUUUAUUUUACAGUUUAUGUAUGAAUAAAACGUUGACAUGAAUGGGGCCGGUAACUGAACUGCCAUUUAUCCACUGAAACUCAACCCUAAUGAAAUUGCGUGUAGUCUGUCUAUGCAGUGGUUGUCUGAGGUUGCCCUGCAUGACUUGCACAACAGUAUUCGAAAAGCAAAAGUACAUACUACAUUGUUUUUGCUUGUUAAGAAGCGUGUUUAGCUGGCCACUUCUAUUUUCUAUUUUGAAGAAAAAACAGCUGCAGGACCCUGAUCUAGACCCCUUCCCCUGUUUCCUGCCAAAUAUAUCCCUCUUCCCCCCACCCUCCAGCUGCUGUUUGUUCACAAAGAUGUCAUUUGCAGCAGACUGGCCUAAGAUCACCAAGUGAAUGUUGCAGCUUCACUCAUGCUUUCUAGCCAAAGUCCAAUAUUUGAUCCAUUUCACCAUUCUGGUUCUCCAGGGCUCAGAUAAGCACAUGCGUAUGUUCCAUGAUGAUUUUUGAAUGGCUGGUGCUAUAUUUAAAGCUGUAAUCUAAUACUGUGCUGUGUCAGAUGAGCUUGGCUACAUUAUUGAUUUUUUUUUUAAUCAUAGGAGCUAUUGUGAACUUUUGUUCUCACUGCAGCAUUUUUGAUAUUUUUUUCCAGUGACCUAGCCUUACGCAACUGCUUCCUUACAUCCGAUCUAAACGUAAAAGUGGGAGAUUAUGGAAUAGGAUUCAGUAGGUAUAAGGUAAGUUGACACAUUUACAGAAUGGCAGUGGCUAAAGUUACAAAUUACUGUUUUAUGUGGGCUUGCUGAACUGUGAGCAGUUCUGUAGCUUGAUAAUGGUGCACAUUGUAAUCUCCAUUUUUAUACUGCUCUUUGAUGCAUCUGUGCAUGUUGGACUUGCUGAUCUUCUCCAUCUACUCUUUGUUCUAGUGCAGUAAUUUGCAUAUGUCAGUGGGAUUGUGCCAUUUAAGAGGUACUAUAUACUGCUGAUAUUAAGGCCUGUGCAAUCUUGUGCUAGUAACUGAAUCCAGUAGGAUUAGGAACACUCUUUAAAAAAUUAAAAGCAGCCUCUGGUGGUGUUCUGAGGCAUAGAGAGGGCAUGCUUAAUCCUUCCCCUGGAUGUUUUUUCUGCAUCCUCCCUCCCGUCAUUCCUCCAGUAAAAAUGGCAAACCACUAUUGGCUGCUUCUCAUUUAAACAGAAAACUUGUUGGAGCUUCAUUUCACCUUUGCUUGCACCAUGUAGUGCAUUUAAUGAGCAUCAAAUGUACCUGAACUUAUAUCCAUACGAUGAUAGUCAACACUGGUUAUUUAAACUUGUUUGGAUGAAAUAUAUGGCAUUAGAGUGAAUAAAUAUUUUCUCUGCAUGUCACACAGCUAAAUUUCUCAUUUUUGGUAAACAAUUUAAAUUUGUUUUUGCAUUAUAAAACCUGAGUGCCAUGGAUCAAUAAAAUAAAAUACUAGGUUCCACCUAAAUGCUUUAAUUUUGUGGUCUAGCUACCAGUCUGUUUCUUGAGCAGUCUACUUUAAUGUGGACCUACAUAAACCCAUAGGAAACACUGCCUGGACAUUCUGAUUGAUUGCCCCAAUCUUUUUCUUUCUGUCUCCAUUCUACUGAUUCUGCUGUCACCAGAUGGCACUGAAGAUGGUCCAUGCACCCAACCACCAUAGUAGUGCUCUGUAGCUACAGGAUAAUGCUGUACAUGCUGAGCAUGUAGCUUUUGCUUUCCCCCUUCCACCGUAUAGCUUCCACAGUGCUUCUCUGCUAAGAGACAGUAGUAGGGAGGCUGUGCAACUAGCUCAGUUCCCACGGCAGCAGUGCUGAAGUAUAGAGGCAAUUAUUACUUGCCAGAGAUGUCUAGGUGAGCACUGAAUUGCAGGUUUCCAAUGCAGAAAGGCUGGCCAAAAGCUACAGAAGCCAAAAAGAGGAAGCAAAGCCUCAGCUAUACAGACUAAGUUAAUCAUUACUUAUUGAUUUUUCAGUUGAACUAAAUCAAUAGGAAAUUCAGCCAUAGAAUUAAAUGUUGGAUUUUGCCCAAUACAUUUCAGAGUAUUUCCACCUUCUGGGGCAAAGAGAUUUCUGAUCAUUUUUUGGUAGUGAUUUAUUUAUGUCAUUUGCUUCUGAAAGACUCUACUCCAAAACACACUGGGCACAUUGCAAUCCCCAAUAUUCCCUCCAACUUUAGCUUCAUUUUGAACCUUCAUUGCGGUUUUUUUUUGGCUUUGGUUCCCUCGUGCUGACCCUUCUUUUUUCGCAAAGGCAAUUCAAGGGUUCUCUAAUUCCAAGGAAUCUGAGGCAUGAGAGAACAAACAGCAUUUGACAAUGUGUGGUUUUUGUUUGCCCUUUGAAUUUUUUGUCUCUUUCCUUGAUAUAAUAGGAAGAUUAUAUUGAAACAGAUGAAAAGAAGCUUGUGCCUCUUCGAUGGACUGCACCAGAGCUGGUGACUAGCUUUCAGGACAGACUGUUAACAGCUGAGCAAACAAAGUACAGUAACAUCUGGUAUGAAAACAAUAGUCUAAGGCUUUGCUUAAUUGAAAGUGUUUGGCCUGGUUCAGAGGGAGAUCUUGGCCAGGGUUGGGACAUUUGUGGCUCUCUAGAUGUUGGACUACAGCUCCUGUCAUUCUUUGGCUGUGCUGGUUGGGGCUGAUAGGAGCUGGAGUCCAGCUUUGGCACUACCUUCUCUCUGUGUGAGAGGGGAAAGGGAAGAGAGCUUCUGCUUUCACUUAAAGCAAACUGCAGUUUGCUGCUUUAUACAAACUCAAAGAACCCUGGUUUGUUUAAAAUACCAUAUGUUAAAAAUAAACCAGAGUUUCAAACCAUGGUUUGAAACUGGUUUCUUGUAACUGAUUGUCUCCAGAACAAACCACAAUCCUAUGAAUUCAUACGUAAUGGCAAACUGCUGCCUCUUUCUAAAGGGAAAAUGGAAGUUCUCUGUCCUUGCACACAGAGGAGGUAGAGAAAAAAUUGGCAAGGCAGAGAUUGUUGAGAUUGUUUCAGCCAUUCCUCUGACUGACACGAGUGUGUUAGAACUGUCGGGCAGUUCCUUUGAAAACAAGUCUGCAGAGUGGAUUGCUAGCAUGCAUAUAUAAUAUAUAUCUCCAAAGGCCCCAUUUUAAUUUUACUGAAAAUGUAACAGGGUUGGGAUUUACUAUUGAGUAGUAGAACUGAAAUAGGUUUUUGCACAUCAAAAUCCCUUUCGACAUAGCUUAUGGACUGAGUACCAUGAUGGGAUAAUUGUGUUGUGUUCUGGCAUCUUGUUAUUGAAGACUUUUAUUUUUGCAGGUCACUAGGUGUAACACUAUGGGAACUUUUCAGCGGUGCUGUGAAGCCUUACUCACAUUUAUCUGAUGAUGAAGUUCUGGUGCAGGUCAUAAAAGAGAAGCAGACGAAGCUUUCAGAACCUCGUCUUGAGCAGCCAUAUUCUGAUAGAUGGUAAAACUUGAGUAUCUGAAGUCUAUAUCCAGUUAUAUUCCAUUAAUUUCAUCAGUCUUUAAAAUAGCUAUUUAAGACUAAUAGGAAAGGGCAGAGGUGGGCAGGUUGUGGCUCCCUGUGACCAUCUAGUGGUAUUGUGACUGAGCAGAUAUUGAAUAUUGGGAGGUCUGUUUUGUAAUGCCAAAAAUAAGUCACAGUAGUAAAAAGUUUGCAAGCACUUAAUAAGUAGAAGUAAAACAAUUGGCAUGUUUCUCAAACUUAAGAAGACUUAUUGCCUAUUGAAAGGAAUUGUUGUCCUGAUACAUCAUUGACUUUUCCUAAUGGCCAUUAUUACCUACAUUAUUGAAAAUGGAAUAUGUUGUUCUUUUCAUAGGUAUGAAGUUUUACAGUUCUGUUGGCUGUCUCCAGACAAGAGAGCAACAGCAGACGAAGUGCAUAAGCUUCUAACGUAUCUCCGUAUGCAAAGUCAAAGGGAUUCGGUGAUUGAUCCUGAACAGUGGAAUGAUCUCAAGCCUGAUACUUCAAACAGAGAGUCCUCUGGUAACUCUGCCUUUCCAAUCCUGGAUCAUUUCACAGGCAACAGGUUUGGCCGUGAGAUGGAAGAAGUUCUCACGGUAACUGAAACAAGUCGAGGGCUCAACUUUGAAUGCAUCUGGGAAGCAGCCAAACAAGACCACUUUGAAUGCAGCCAGGCAAAUCCUGAUGAGGGAAUGACUUACACCAAUAUCUUCUUCCCAGUGGAGGUUUUUGAGAACACACUUACGGAGCAAGGACCUGGGAAUCAAGUUGAAAGUGGGCAGGAUGUGCUUCGUGUCCCUGGGGAACUUCCCGUGUUUAAUGCCCAAAACCCUUCUGUUGGAAAUGAUUAUUACAUCCAGUUAGAAGAGAAGAGCAGAGACAAUAGUGUAAACUUUGAUAACCAGGAUUCUAUAUUGAUGACUGACAUGGACAGUCAUGCAGUUGUAAAGGACAAAAACUCUCACUUCAUAGUUCUUGGGGACUUUGCUGCUGAAUCCACUACAGAUGGGGACUCUCUCCAUCACAAUACAUAUCCCAAGGGACAGGAUUUCCAUGUUCAUUGUCCUGAAAGUCCUUUCCAAGAUAUAUUUAGUGAUAUUGACAGAAUGGAACAAUUUACAGAUAUGAGAAAUAGGUUUGAGUUGGCUGAUCUAAAUGAUAUUCAUGUCGAGCUUGAAGCAGUUUCAUAUUCAGGUCUUGAGGAGUGUGUAGUUGAUCAGCUCCAGAAGAGAAGUCCCAGACAUGCUUCUGAAAGUGAAGCUGUUUGCUUGCAGGAGGAUAUCAUAAUGCAGUCCGAUCCUAGCUUACUGACUUCAGAAGAGCUGUCAGAUAACUUUCUUUUCCUUCAAGAGAAUAAUUUAUUAAAGGGGGCACUGAGUAACAGAACUGGUGGUGGUGACUUAAAAAGAGCAUCUGACAACACAAAAAUGCUAGAUCCACCAAAUACAAACUCUCUGGGGGUUGAACUUAAAAUGGAUGGGAAUUCUCCAGUCCAUGAAGAUGAACAUUUUGUGCAAAUGAGCACAAAUAAAAACAAAAGUAUUCCGCCCCAGCCCCUUAUGCAAGGUCAAAUGUCUCCUAGGUCACCUGCGAUGGAUAAGGAGCAGGUAUCCCCCUUAUCAGGAACUGAAAAACCCUCUCCUAACAUAGAAGUUAAUGAUAACUCUGCCUGCAGUAUUGAUUACUCUUACCUUGACAUGGAUCAAGUCUCUGAAGCUGGCUUUAAUGAAACGUUAUCCAUGAAUGCCAAAAACCAAACUAAUGGGAGUAGCCCCUGUCAUAGCAUUGCACUUCAUGCUCAAGAGGAAGAAAGACAGCAGAAUAAGCAGGAACUUAAAUGCAAUAGUAGUUCUUGGGGGGAGCUGAUUGAGGAUCUGAAGAAUAAGCCAUCUGGAUUAGAGCAAGGUGAUGAGUAUAUUCUGGAGCCAACUGACGAAGCUUUAACCAAGGUUCAGAAAUGUAACAAGGAGACCCCGAUCAAAGACAUUGCUCUUUCCUCUGUCCUUCCUUCAGACCGUACAAGUCAUGACAGUCUACUGGAGGACAGUUUAUCAGCUCCCACACAGAGCAUGGGGCAGUCUAUUGAUACACCAGACUCAUUGGAUUCAUUAGAUGUUAUUGAGGUCUUAGAGUCUUUAGUGGGUCAGAGCCCACAGAAACCUUUGCCACCUGAUAAACCUGCUGACAGUGGCUAUGAAACUGAAAACCUGGAGUCUCCUGAAUGGACUUCACACCUUGUUGGCAGCAACUCCAAUGAAGACAUGGCUUUGUCCAGUGCUGCUGGUGAUGGUCUUUUGCAUGAUAAGCCUAUGAUCAUUCUGUCGUCAGAUGUCAAUACAGACUUAGACACAGCAAAUACCAUGGAUACAUUUGAAGGCAUCUCUAAGGCUUCUUUUGGUGGCAUCCAGAAUUCGUACAGAGAUUCCGCCUAUUUUUCUGAUAACGAUUCUGAACUAGAUAAGAAAUCUGAGGUUACAAAUACAUUGGCAGACGCUCAAGUACGAACAGAGGGUGGUAUGUGCAGUGACUACUUUGAAAUAGAAGAGCACAAAAAUGCAGAAAAUCGGUUAAGUGAUGAUCAAGUAGCCAGUGACCAGUUCACAAAGAACUCACACUUGCAGCUAGAGUUGGAGGAGAAGCUGGAGAUCACUGAAACAAAGCAAGAGUAUCUUCAUAAAGGUGACAAUACAGCUUCAUUGCUACCUGUGAUAGAACUAGAGCCUACUGAUGAAGAUGACAUUGAGAUCAUAUAUGAGGAUUCCCCCAGAAGUGUCUCUUGCACAGGCACUAACACAGCAGACUUCCUUCCUGAGAGAGAUCUAAAGCUCACCCCUAACUUGUAUGGCCCUGCUGAAGUGUUGGAAAAAUCCUUAGUGUGCCACUUUGAAGGUCAUAAUAAGCUGAAAGAGCCAGACAUCGAAGGAAAAUACCUUGGUAAACUUGAUGUUUCUGGGAUGCUUGAUCUAUCAGUGGAUGGGGAUGAUGCUGAUGAAGAAGAUGAGAACAGUGAUGAUUCUGAGGAUGAUAUGAGAACUUUCCACUUGCAUGGACUUAGCUCUGACAGCGAUGAGGAAAUUGUCCAUCAAGUACCGGUGAUCCUUACUGAUAGGGAUGAUGGCAAACAUCUAAGAAGCUUGUUAAAACAUCCGAAGCCACCAGGGCAGAACAACCCUUCUGAAAACUUUAUGAAGAAUGAGAGGAAAGCCGUAACGUUCUUUGAUGAUGUCACAGUCUAUCUUUUCGAUCAGGUAUCUGAUGCUUUUCUCAUUAUUUGUUCUCUAAAAUGUAAGUGCCUGCUGGUGGUGGAAAGGUCACAAUCAAUUUGGAAACCUUGGGCUCACUGUGGCAAAUGGAAGUUUGUGCAAGGAUAAUAAUAAUAAUAAUAAUAAUAAUAAUAAUAAUAAUAAUAAAUUUUAUUUAUAUCCUGCCCUCCCCAGCCGAAGCCGGGCUCAGGGCGGCUAACAACAAUCAAACAAUCAAAUAAUCCAACAUUCUAAAAACAUUUCAUUCUAAAAAUUAAUUAAAAUCAAAUUAAUGGCAACUGUUGAGCAAAAUUCUGUGCAGGUUGCCAGAGGAGGGAGUCAGGCUGGGCCCUGACCAAAGGCCUGGUGGAACAACUCUGUCUUGCAGGCCUUGCGGAAAGAUGUCAGGUCCUGCAGGGCCCUAGUCUCUUGUGACAGAGCAUUCCACCAGAUUGGAGCCGCAGCUGAGAAAGCCCUGGCUCUAGUUGAGGAGGGGAGGAGAAGACAGAAUAGCCACAUAAUCUCAGAGGCCAGAGUUUUCAUAAUCUUUCUUAUGCAAAUAUUUUGUUGCAGAAAAAAAACAUAGAAUCUAAAUAUUGUGUGUUUGCGGGAGUUCACGAUAGAGAUUAAGAGAAUCUCAGGUCGGGGAGAGUGCUGUUAAGCUCAGUUUCCCUUGGACUUUUGGUUGGCCACUGUGAGAACAGGAUGCAGGGCUAGAUGGGCCACUGGCCUGAUCCUGCAGACUCUUCUUGUGUUUUCAAAAGCUGUGCAAGUAAUGGAUAUGCACACUGAUCACAGUAAGCCAUAAAAAGAUGUGCUCAAUUUGAUUGCGCCCACUCUGCUGUCUCUGGCUUAGCACGAUGUCCAAAGUACAGAUUGCGGUUCUGCUCUGAUGACUUCCUUUUGGAUUGAAACAAACCUUCAUUUGGGUGUAAUGCUAAAGCCAGAGAUCGUGAUUUGUUUCCUCUUCAUACAGUUUGGUGCUUUCACAAUAAAUCAUUGCCACAACACGUAAGCUGUGUUAAAUCAUAAAAGAAAGUGAAAAGCCUGAAUUCCUGUUGUCCCACAUGAUUUUUAAGGGUUUGAACUAAGAUGGACGAGUGGAGUUGAUCGUUCAUUCUAAAAUAAGAGCAUCAUAGAACAAGUUUAUCAGCUCCUCGAUCUAUCCUGUUUAGUCCAUACCUCGUUUGUACAGAGGUAGGUAAAUACAAUUAAAUAUAACUAAAAUAUUCAGAUUACCUGUAAUUUUCCUAGUCAGUGUCCCACUAAGAAGUGGCCUUCUAUAAAGAAAUAUAUCAUCCUGAGCCAUGCUGCAUUAACUGCAUCAAACUCGCCUCCUAAUUGCACUAAAUGGCAAUGAUUUAAGCAAAGAAGCACAUGGGGAUCGAAACAAUUGGUGGUUACUGUAACCUACAGUUGUGAUUGUGAAGAACACUGGGGUUGCCUGUAGUUCUUUGAGUUAGAACGGUUGUGUGUGUACACUCCCUCUCCCUCUCUCUGAAAAUAGUUGACCUACUUUACAGAAGUCCAAGGUUGUGUAUCUAGUUCCUACUUCUGUAAUAAGAUAGGCCACAAGGUGCCUUUUAUACCUUGUGGGAAAGCAAACUAGCACAGCAAAUUGAGGCCUUUAAUUAUAUUAAAAAAGCAACAAAACAUAAAAAAACCAAACGUCUAGAAAUGAACGAUGAUUAGGUUUGCGGAAUGGUGCAGAGUUUCUUAACUUUUGAGUGCUGUCCAAAAUAAUUGAGUUAUGUUUUACCAAGAUCUUUUGGUCUGUUGAUCCACACAAAAGGUUUUAUACGGUAGGAAUCUUUUUGGUACUUGGGGGUGCUGUAUUGUGGGAGCUGUGGUUCUUUCUGGAAGUCCGGCCACAGAAGAUGUUGCUGCUGUUGGUAACCCUCCCCGUGUAUGGUGAUUCCCCAUACCAGAAGUUUCCCCAUCAGGCAAUUGGGUUUGAAGAUGCCUUUAUUUUGAGCUGAAGGUGAGUGUAUGGGAUCCCCCUGCUGACUUUCAGCCCUGGCUGCACCUAUUUUUGCGUUAGCCCUGCCCACUUCAGGCUUGCAGCCCCUGGAAAUAAGAGUACGGUAAAUGCCAUGCAGUAACAACGGUAAACAGUUGUAAAAUGAAAUGCAUGAUGAUGCAGUUGCUAGCUAGAUAGCUCAGUUGGUUAGAGCGUGGUGCUGAUAAUGCCAAGGUUGCAGGUUCGAUCCUCAUAUGGGACAGCUGCAUAUUCCUGCAUUGCAGGGGGUUGGGCUAGAUGAUCCUUAGGGUCCCUUACAAUUCUAUGAUUCUGUGAACUCGGUGGGUAGUACAUCAACAUCCCCACCCCUAUGCCCCCAAACCAAGAAAAUCUGGGCUGCUUUGAAAUACCACACUGUAGAUCUUCAAUAUGGUUUCAACUGGUGAAGCACCACAUGCAUACAGUAAUGGAAGUAAUAGUAUUUCUUUGGAUUAUUUUUUAGGAAACACCAACCAAAGAGCUCGGAAAUCGUGCUACAGAAUCAAACCACUCGGAUUCUGAUAACACUCCUGUUCCUGCUUCAGGCCCUGGUUACUUGAAUAAAUUUACAAAUUCAGAAAGUUCUACAGAUGAAGAAGGUACUUAAUAUUUGGCUUGCAAGUUUAAGUGUAUUCCUUUAUAAAAUUAACAUACAGAGUUCCCAAGCGAAACAAGUACGUUUUCUUCCACUCGUUUCUUUGCUUGAAUGCUUGUUCUAACUGACCAUGUUCAUCGGUGAUGUACAUAACUUUGAAUUUUGUAUUACGACCAAUGAUUAAUCUAAAACCAAGCUUGCUUCAGUUUAAUCCAAUUGCAGUUUCCCAAUAAAGAUGUUGGUGUUACAGUGAUCUUAAAAGGAGGACCAUGGCUUAGUAGCAGAGCUUUGCAUGCAAAAGGUUUCUGGUUCAACUAACGACAUCUCUAGAUUGGAUAGGGAUAGUAAUCUUGUCUGGAAGCCUAGAGAGUUGAUGCCAGACAGUUCUGUGUCAGAUAUGCCAAUGGGGUAUCUCAUUAUGAGGCAGCUUCCUCUGUAUAGAUAGGAUAACCACCCUUACUUUGUUUUAACUGUGGUUUCCUUUCACUUGUGAAGCUUCUGUUGAUGCGUUUAGAAUUUGCUUGGUCACCCACUCUAUUGACUAUAUGAACAUAAAGGACAAAGCUCCGAAAUAACUUUUAAAUGUUGAUCACAUGCUGAACAGAAAUUCCACUUUUCAGUGUAAAUAUUCAGAUUUAAGUUUAAAUUUAAGGAAGUGUGGUGGUCUGCAAGGAGAAACCCAAUCAGAAGAGUUUGUUCUUUGUAUACCAUCCAUCCCUAACAAAGAGAAUAUAUAAGGGAAUCUGGUGACAUAGUCUGUGCUUCACUUUGCAAAAAUCAGUGUCAUGCAUCACCUUAUUUUUUUUAUAGGCCCCUAUUUUGCCCAUGUGUCUACCUAAGGAUUCAAAAAUCUGGUUUUGUGCUCUUAGAAGUAGGAAAAUAUAGCAUGUGUGUGCUCCAUUAUCAUAUGUCCAAUUUUGCAUACAGUUCAUCUGCUUCAGUUGAUGCAUUUAAAGAUUUCUGAUACUGGCUAUAAGCCUAAUCCACAGAGAAUGUUCUCUGAACUAAUUGCAAGUUCCAUUCCCUGGAGAUUUCGGCAUUUUCUCCAGAUUUUUAUUUUAUUUUAAUGUGUGUGUGUGUGAUUUGUUCCAGGUGGGGGUUUUGAAUGGGACGACGACUUCUCUUCUCCAGAGCCCUCUUUCAUAGCAAAGGCAGCAAACAGCCUAAUUAGUUCCAAGCCUUCUCUUCAGACCUCAAAGUACUUCUCCCCACCACCACUGCCUCGGAGCUCUGAACAAAACUGGUCAAAUCCUUUACCUUACUCCAGGUUCUCUAUCUCUCCAGCAAACAUUGCAAGCUUCUCGCUCACUCACCUUACCGAUUCUGAUAUUGAACAGGGAGGCAAGUAUUUUCCUUCAAGCACUCGUUUGUUACAUCAGUAUGGUUUUCGAGCAAUGCCUGCUCAAGCGAUUAUUAAAAGAUGAUAAAAUCUUGAGUAAGGAAAGUAGAUCUACCUUCUGCCCAUCCUUUUCCUAAAUAGCUGCUGCCUGUUGUUGUUCAUGGCUCUCCUUUGUAAUCCCUGUGUAUUUGCCUUUCCUGAUUUAUACCUACUACUUCCUUUUCUUUGGCGUCAUAUUGUAGCUUGCCUGUAGAAGUGGCUUCACUGUGUGGCAAGAUGGAUGGAUUUUAGGUGGCAGAACAGAGAAUAAAAUCUCAGGUAGCUAUGUCUGGCCUAUGCAGCCCAGCCAGGUGGUUCUUUUGCCCAAUCUUCACUGGAAACGAAUAGGAGUGGUGCAAGCCCUGAACUGACUCUGUUUUGCCCAAAAGAAUUCCCAAGUCCUUUGGAAUUUAAAGCACACCAAAUAAGCAAGUUCACGACUGGCUAGAUUAUUAUUAUUUUUAAUCAUAAAACUAGGAUAUUUUUGAGCACCUAAAUGCCCCUGGUGCUUGUGGGUCCUUGGUGUUUGGUAUACGAACUUAUAUUAGGUUCAGCAGAGUGCUGAUUAGAUAGGAGUAUUUGCUUGUUUAUCAUUAAGGCCAGUGUUUAAAUAGUGCAGUUAGCUCUAUUAUGUCCUGACAUUGAACUGUGCGAUUUAGACAGUUGUGCCUGACAGACUUCCAGCUGUGUCCCUGGGGUUGAUUUCAUAACAGGAGAUGGAUAAUUCAGGUGCUUUUUAAACAUCAGAACCUCACUUUUGGAGGAGGGAGAAACGGCCCAAACUGCUGGGGCACUAUUAUGGUACAAUCUGUAUUUGAUUUGCACAAAAAUGCACCCGUGUUCUUUUAAAUACUUUCACACCCGCCUGCUGCAAUUUCAGCAGAGCUUGUCCAGGAAAAGGUCCCUGGGAAACAGGCCUUGAGAUGAAUCCACAGUCUGAAGGAACUCAUUCUGGAGGCAGAAUAUCCAAAGCCUCACCCUCUAAUAAUAGCCUUGUGUCUCUUAACAGGGAGCAGUGAAGAUGGAGAAAAAGACUGAAGCUUCUUCCCUCGGUGAAUGGUCAUCAUUUUGUGGGGGAGUCACUUCUGCUUUUUGCCUAACAGCCAAUAUUUUCAUUUUCAAAAACAACGACUACCCUCUUGCAUCUGAAAACAAAGCAGACCUGCUGAAAUCCAAUAAUCAAGAUGUUUGCACACUCUGAAGGCAAUGUUAGAUCAAGACCUGAACUUGAAGGUGGAUGUUACUUUUUGUAGUGUACUGUGGGUUUUUUUGAAAACUGGUGCAUUUUGCAUUUCCUUUAAAAAUAUAUAUCGUGCUAGCUUUCCCCUUCUCCCCCCUCUCCUACCCCCAAAGUACUUGAAGUAUCCUGCAGACAAUUUGUAACAAAUAUGUACAAGUUAUGCUCUGGUUUAUAUAUAGGAUUGUACCAUACCCUUUUGUAUUCUCAAUGUAUUAUCUCUAUGAACAUGUAAAAUUGUACAUAGCUGAGCAGAAGGUGGCUAUGUCACUUGAAGCUGCCUGACUUGAGAGCUGUUGUGUAGAAAGCCAUAUUUCAAAGACUUCACACCUUGCUUAGCUGCAGAUGCACUAGUAACUGCCCUUCCCAGGUCCUCCUGCAUUGUACAAAGCCAUUCUUCUUUGCUUCUUGAUUGAUGGAAGUUGUUGGGGUCCUUUACCUGCCUAACUGGUUUGCUUUGUGCUCCUGUGCCCCUUUUUUGCACAGCGUACUUGUUGGGGUGUACAGAGCUUGAGUCUUCCUGUUUUUAUAAUUUCUGGAGCUUUGUAUGCUGUCCACUUUUCUAAAGGGGCAAUUCACUUUCUUAUAUUCCCAUCUGCAGUACAGUGGUCGACGAAUUGACUUUUUAGUUAUAGUUGGCUAAAAAAAAAAUUGUGGUGUUGUAACAUUCUUCUGUUUGCUUCCCUCUGCACCCAAGACGUCUGGAAGACUCAAUGUCCGUGUGUGUGUGUGUGUGUGUGUGUGUGUGUGUGUGUGUCCUUAAAUGAUGGUCUUGGUUACUGGGUAACUUCUUGAAUCGCUCAUCUCAUCUUCAGGGAAGUGUUAACAUUUCUGCAGAUGCAAUGUAAAAGGGGAUGUGUUGACUCAUGCAGUUGCUCUUUCUCUUUGUGUUUGAAGUUGAGAUUCUCUAAAGAAGCAGCUUUAGCAGAGCAGGCGUCACCUGUGGAUAUUUGAGAACCAAUCUUCAAUAGGGAUUUGGGCCUUCUGUGCCAGCUGUAGUUGGCACAUACUGCAGGUUUCCAUGCAAAACUGGUAGUUCUAAUACCUUAAGGAUGGCUAAUAGAAACUUAAGGGCUAAUUGGCAGUGUGUUGUUAGACCCAGAUCUUCCAGAGCUUUUAAAUCCCUUGCCGGAGCCCUGUUCUGCUGAUGGAAAGCUACUCUGGCAUUCAUAAAAUAGGAAGGGGUUUAGUGUAUAGCUCUCCUAAGUGUGGUGAACUCAGAAUAUAAGCUGCAGGGUCGUCGUCCCCCGUCCCCCCAGUCUCACUCUUAAAAUGAGCACUUGAGCUGUAAAAUGUGUUUUGCAGCCUCAGCUUUGGCAGUGGAAGACAUGUGUAAAAAAAUGUUUUCUUUUGUUUUUUUUUUAAAAAUUAAGCUAUCCAGCUGACCUGCACAGGUUUCUUUCUGCUUCAGGUCUGAGGACAUCUGUAAAUGGCAUGAAAAUUGGUAGCUUUUAAACCUUCUCAUCAAAGAAUGUAUGAAAGUAUUGAGGGUUUUCCUUUGCCGUUCUCCUUCAGCCAGGCUGGUUCUCAUGAGCCCUGUGGAGGGCAGAAAUUGAAGUGCAUUAAAAUUGUGAGUUAUGGACUCCCCCAUUACACAAGGAACUCAUGUCUAAAGAAAAAAUAAUAGAACAGCUUGAGACAUGUAUUGCUUCAAGCAUUUGCCCGCAACAUGAUCUCAUGUGCCAAAGCUUGGAGAAAUGUCUGCUUGGAGUAACCCGCAAUGUUUGUUCUUGGAAGAGCAAAUUUUAAUGUGCACUGAAUUAAUUUUCAAAAUACACAUUACAACCUUGGGUCUAUUUGGAAUGGUUGUUCCUCUCUUGGACAGGCCUGAGUCAAGAAGGGAGAUUUUUAAAGUCGGAUUAGAUUGUUUUUCCCCCUCUUUCUGCUUUUUCUUAAUGCAAUAAAAUUAAAAGCAAGGAAACACAAAAGUGAACCUGCCCUACUGAGUUUUCAACAACAUAUGGAAUUGUGCAGCAGAAAGUAUAGGCCCCCUAACUUUGUAGUUUAUGACUUCAGACUUAGUUUAUGGCAAGGAGAUAAGCUGUGGCUCUCUAGAUGCUGUUGGACUCCAACUCCCAUCAGCCCCAGCCAGCAUAGCCAGUGGUUAGGGAUGAUGGGAGUUGUAGCCCUACAGCCUCAGGAGAAGAACAGCUUAGCCACCCCUGGUUAAUGGAAUAAAGGGGUGUAUUGGUAGUAUUCUUUGCUUUUAACCAAUAAUAUUUUUUUAAGUGUGAAAAUUAUGAAUACCCUAAUCUCACUUGUGUGCAUUCCUCAUGACUGUGUUUUUUCUGGGUGCCUGAGGCAUCUUCCUGCCCCCUUUUGCCAAAGAAUCGGCACUCCAGAGUCUCAUGCUGCAGACAGAAAUUGGCUUGCUUAGUCCUGGAUUGGAAUUCACACUGGGAAGUCACACAGUUUGGAGAUGCAGCCAACCACAAGCCUAACAUCUGGUGCAUUGAGUGGCUUCAGGGCUGUCGGGGGUGGGGUGGGACAGGCAUUAGAAAACACUUCCUGGAAUGGAUUCAUACGGCUGGCACUAAUCAUGAGGGAGGCUUUAAAAAAUACUGAUCUCCACAGACUGUGAUGGAACCUAACACACAUUUGUUGCUUUGGCCAUAUGAAAUGCAAACUCGCUAUCUCUGACGCUUGUUCUUCCACUCUGUGGUGAGAACCCAGAGUGCAUUUGUGUCAUUAGCAAGGCAGAAUUUCAGAGUAAAUCCCAUGAACACAAAACUCUCUCGUAGUGGGCAAAACGAUAUUGUGAGGCACCUGUAACUAACAAAAAGCUCUUAAAACGAGUGUAUUUUAAAGCUCUCUCACACACACAUGCACACAAAUCCAGGCUAGUAGCCCUAACACGUCACUUGAAGACCAAAUUUAUACCUUUUUAACCAUGUAGAGGUUUCUUUACUGCAUGGUUCACAAGCUGACUUCUGUGUCCUUUUUUGCACCUUAGUUACCCAGACGACAGUUGUGUGUCUUGCAAGAUUUGAGCAGGUUAGCAUUCGUUGUGAUGGUUUGGAGUAACAGUUCUCUUCAAGGGGGCAGCGGGGUGGGGUGGGGGGGUUGUAGAUUUCCUUCAGACUUUAAAGCCUGUGUUUUUAAAGGAGGAUAGUGACUUUAGGACCAGAUGUGCAAAUCCAAGAAUUAACACGAGGGAAUCUUAUCCCAACUUUGGCUGCUGCUGCUGCUGCUGCAUGUGUUUAGGGUUCCUGCUUCUCUCCCCUUCCCCUCUGCCCCCCAGUAGAUCGCCUGUACAUUUUAAACAGCUGCAUGUUAAAUCUUUUAGCAAGCAAUUCCACCCUGACCCACACCCCAGUUUUAAGGACGAAUUGCUAGGAAGAAACUUUAUCUUGUAAAGUUCUCCUCCUGUGUUUCUUCUGAAGGCACCAGAGCCCAGCCAGAAAAUUUUGGCUGUUGAAGGGGUCUCUCGUCUUUGCUGCUCCAAGGUGAGGAGGAAGAGUCACUUGGGGAACAGAGCAAGGCAUUAGCAAUAGCUUAUUUAACACUAAAUUUUGCGGGGUUGUUAAGAAGCCCUGGAACCAGGAGCAGCAGCACCACAAUUGCACGAGUGCAGCUGUGCUCUUGCUGUCCCCCUGCAGGGGCCGUGGGGCGUGCAUGUGUUUUGUAAAUUGGAGCUGGACUUCUCAUAAUGGCCAGGGUAGUGUAGCAGUUCAAAGAGGCUCAGGCUGAAAGAUGGAUGGUGGUAUCCAAAGCCACUUGUACUCAGAGUAGACCCACUGAAAGUCAGUCAAAUUCAUUCAUUCCAAUGGAUGUAUACUCUUGAGUUGGGUUAUCUUUGGAUACAACUCAGUAGGUCAUACGUUCCCUCACCUACAUCCCACCCCUGUAAAGUAACAUUUGCAAUGCAGCAAUUCAAAAUGAAGGGAGUUUUAAUUGAUAAAUAAUUUUCCAAGUUCUGUGCACAAGUGAGAAGGGGAAAGCCACCGCUUUUAUUGGAAAUGAAUGGAUUCUCUUUUUUUUAAAAAAAAACACACACUUAAUGAAGCACUAAUGAGAGCCAUUCAUGCCUACUUUUUAAAAAUCAGUAUUUUAGAUUGAUUUAUAUGCAAUUCUGAUCCUUUUGUCUUUUUUUGAGAGGGAGACAGCUUAGUUAGGAAGGGUUUUUUGGCAGGGGGUAGACACAAUUAUGCACUCAGUUUAAAAUUGCAUUGCGGGUAAAAUGGCUAUUUAGAUUGGAAGGUGGAAUUGGAAACUUAUUAGCCUUAUAAGAAAUAGCCUUAAAAAUAAGAAUGGAGUGUAAAAAAUAAAAAUAAAUAAAUUCAGCUUUAAGUUGUAUAAAAUAACCUUUCUUUAAAAAUAAUAAUCAAGUCUUUAAGGGCAAAUUGUUAAGAUGAGAGGACAGAAGAGAGGAGAAAGUGUUCAGUACCACCAGCCCGGUUUUUGUUUUUAUUUUCAAAUGAAACUUGAAUGAGUUUAAGAUGUUUGGUUCCAUUUAAUAAAUCGUCUGAUCUUACACAGUGGUAGCUGUCACCUAAUGGUAAAUGGUAUCUGUGUGUAUAUACAAUGUUUUACUCUAUUUGUAAAUGAGGAAAUUUAUGUUACAAAAUCAUAGGGGAGAGGUUUUCCUAUUGGAAAUUUAAUACAGGUAUGAGGUUUAUGGCAAUAUUCUAGUCAAUGAAAUUUCAGGUCGAAUUUGUCUUUAAAUUGUGUAAAUUUUAAAACUGUAAUAUUUCUACUGUACAUUGAUCAUGCAUAGUGUGAUUCAAGACUGCUUGUAAUUUAAAGAACCUUAUUUAAUAUGCAAAAUAAAAAUAAAGGUAUAUAUUUAU